GCUCCUCCUCCCUCCCUUCCCCUUCUCCUCCUCCUCCUCCCUCCCGGCCCCUCGCUCUCGCAUUCCCGACCCUCCCCGGGUGGGCUAGGCAGGGGACCCCGCCAGCGGCUGCAUCGGAGCAACUCUCGGGAUCCUUUUCCUUCCUCUCUCUCUCCCCCCACGCCGCCUCCGGGGUGCCGCCUCCCCCUCGUCCUCCUCCUUUUCCCGCCUAUCCCGUUCCCUCGACUCCGAAAGAAGGAGAGAAAGAAAGAGAGAGGGAGGAGGAGGAGAAGAGGAGCUCUUCGGCGCCUUCCUCUCUUCCGGAGAGUGUCAAAACUUUGUUCGGGCGGAGGAGGCGGCGGCGGCGGCGGGACGGGGCUGCGUCGAGAGGCCGGGCUGAGGCAGGCGGGGUGCGGGGAGCGGCCCCCCGCCGCACCGGGACCCCGCCGCACCAUGCCUCAGCUGCAACCGGCCGGCGGAGGUGGCGGCGGCGGCGACGACCUGGGCGCCCCGGACGAGCUCAUCCCUUUCCAGGAUGAAGGCGACGAGCAGGACAAGGGCUCCGGGGGCCGCGGCUCGGCGCACGGCGACUUGGACGAGCUCAAGUCGUCGCUCGUGCACGAGUCCGAGAACCGCGGCGGCGGCGGCGGCAGCGCCUCCGGCUCCGAUUCUGAGGUAAAAAGUUGAUGGCGGAGGGAAGGCGGGGGGGGGGGCGACAAAAGAGAGCGAAUGUGAGGGGAAAAAAAAAAGAGGCUGCUGUUGUGAGGCGGGGGAAACGGGAGAGCGGUUGGGGGGGGGGGCUUCGUCCCAGGCAAACGCCUCAACCCGCCCCCCUUUGUGCCUUUUUCCCCCCACACAGGCGGAGAGGCCGCCACAGCAGCCCCGGGAAAGUUUCCAGAAGCCGCGGGACUCUCCAGCCGAAGGUAGAGGAACCCUCUUUAAAUAUCUAUCUCUAUAUAAUAUAUAUAUAUAUUUGCGUCCCCCUCCCCAACCUCGAAAUGGGGGGGGGGAGGCAGCGUUGUGGGGCGGCGGGGGUCGGAGGAGAAGGGGAGAUGGCGCUCUCUCCUCAGAAGACGGAGGACCCGCGGCGACGACUCCUCGUUUCCCCCCCGCCUCGCCUUCACUUUUCUGGAAUGAGGAGGAGGAGGAGGAGCUUCCCUUGGCCGCGCCGUCCCGUCUCCUCGCUGGCUUUUGUUGCUGCCCCCUUUUGGCCCUGAUCCUGUGUUGACUCGAAAGAGGCCCUGAAUCGCGAGUCGAGAUUCGAAAUCAGGGCGACGCGCUUUUGUAUGUGUGUCGCUGCUUCUCUCUCUUCCCCCCCCCCAACCCCCGCCGUCCUGAAGUUCUCUUGCUCGCAAGUUGAGCUGCCAUAAAAUUUAACGAGGCAUUCUCGGCGGGCCUUUGCGUUUGAGUAAACACCGCCUAUCAUCUGACUGCGGAGCUGCGAUCCUGUUUACGGGGAGAGAGAUUUCCAGUUAGCGGGAUUUACUUUGGAUUCCACAGAUAACAGCCGCUGAAUUGUAUGGAGAUGAGUCCGAAAAGGAAGUAGGUGCAAGAUUGCACCCAAGGAUAUUUGAAUUAAUGGGAUUAUAUGGGCCUGAUCGGGUUUGGUAUGCUGGUGUUGGGGCCACUGUUAGCCAGCAUUAAGUGGCAGAGCUUCUCUGGAGUUAGACCUGUUGAAGUCCUUGCCUUUGGGAAAACACACAAAUAGAAGGUCUUGUGCUACUGCUCAAGAUUAUUGUGACGUAUGUCACAGGAGGACUCCAGUCCUAUCAAUACUUGCUGGGAAUAAGCCCCGUUUAUGUACAGUGGGGCUUACUUCCGAGUAAACAUAUAGGAGUGUGUAGUAAGUCUAUCAUUCUUUGACCUUCCUAUAACAGAUUAGCCAAAUCUGUUGCUUUACUUCUGAAUAAACAGAUUUAGGGUUAGCAUGAGGUACAGCAGAACUUUAUACAUGUUUAUGUAGAAGCAAGCUCUACAGAAUUCAAGUAAACAUGGGAUUGCAGGUUUACAUAGAAACAAGCCCCUUUGGGUUUAGGAGGAUAUACUUCCAUAUAGAUACAGAAACUCAAGUUUUAUGAAAGGGAAAAAAAGAUUGGAGAUCUUGGAUUGGGGGAGUAGGAAUUUGUACACCAAUAUUUGUACUUACCAAAUAACUUUUUGGUUACUCAGCCUUUUUUAAUAGUCACAACCCAUAGACAAUUUAAGAUUGCAAUCCAAAACAUAUUUUCUUGGAAGCGUUAUUCCACUGAAAACAAUGGUUCUUACUUCUGAAUAAGAAAACAUAGAUUGGUUUUUAAACAAAAUUAAAAACCCAAUGUAAGCAUCUUUACUAACAAAUAAGUCCCAUUUAAUUCAGUGGGAAUUACUCCCUUGUUGAUUGUUGCCUUAAAUCAUUUUGGUUAUGCUUUAUAUUCUUUCAGCCACCCUUUUGGGAUGUCAUCUCUCUUUGCUUCUUCCACAUCAGUGUUUGCUCAUAUCUAAGAAAACAGUUAUUCUUGAAAGAUUUAACCUGUAAUGCAGUGGUGUAAUUUUAUCUACUUGUUAGUACAGAUUUUUAAAAAUAUUUACAUGGACACAUAUCUUCCUGAUUUCAUUGUGACUUAAUAAUGCAAGUCAGCUUUGCAAUUGUCUUCUAGUAACCUUUUUGUAUGCAGCAGGUUUUCAGUACCCUGCAUUCCAUAUUAGUAUUUUAUGACCUAAAAAUAAAACAGCAACAACCACCCCAUUACUUUUUGUAAUGCUUCCUUGCUUGGUCAUCUGGAGGUCAUGUUUACUAACCACAGAAACCCAGCUGUUACCAAGUAUGAAGUAGGUGCUUAAUAUCACAUGCAGAAGUAUAUGUAUACUUUUGUUCUUACUUGGAAGUUUUGUUUUGCCCCCAAGUAAAAACAAAAGUGUACAUCAGUUGCAUGGGCAUGAAUUCAGUUGCAGGUAAAUACAGUACUGUCAAUUCAAGUAAGACCUGAGUCCUAUAUUGACUGCAAAAUAGAGCACAUACACAUAAGAUGCCUUAGAUGGUUUGCAAAUCUCACAUCUUAUUUCUUUCUGUUCUGUAAUUCUAGUUAACCCUACCUUCCUUAAUCCCUAGGGCUGCAUUUUGAAACACUGUGUUUGCAGCCUUUACUCUGAGUAGCUAAGUGUCUUUUUCUUCCCUAGUAAUCAGAAGACAGCAAGAUGGAGGCUUCUUUAAAGGGACUCACUAUCCAGGUUAUCCCUUCUUGAUGAUCCCAGAGCUAGGAAGCCCCUACCUGCCCAGUGGAGCCUUGUCCCCAGGUGGUGCUCGCACAGUAAGUGCUUUGUUUUGGUUUGAGAUAUUGGUGUGAUUAAAGUUUUCCUUCCUCUUCUAUAAAGGUGAAUUGUGAUAGAUGGUGUUCCUUUAUGCCCCUUUGCCCCACUGAAGAGUUCUGCAUUACUGCUGAUAUCACAGAAUAAUAAACAUCAUUUGAGGGGAACUCUUGUUGCAUGGAAUGUUAAAGAUAUCUCUUUUCCAGUGAGGAAGUUUGGAGAUAGGCAAUCUCCUGAAUAAUUUCUCUGCUCAUUUUCAACUUAAUGAUUUACAGUGCUGAAGAGUUUCCAUCUGUUUGAGUUGAAGAUAAAUUUUGUUUUAAUGGAUUUUAUCCUUUCUCUCCCUACCCCACCCAAUUUCACUGUUUAAAUGAGUGUGUAGGCUGUUGCUACAGAGAGUUGAUAGGCUCAAGAAAUGUGUGAAUUUCAUCAUCUUUCUUCAAUUUUUCUGUGGAGUUCAUUUAUUUGUGAUCAGAGUUCUGGGGAGGGAAAGGAGUGGGCGUGUGUCCAUUUAGAAUUCAGUUGAAAGGAUUAGAUCUAAGAGAAGUUACCCUUGGCAUUGUUGAAGUAAACAAUAUCAGCGAAUGACACUUAAAGUCUAUUUAGGUACUGAUAGGCUUAGAGAGGAAGUUUGUUAUUAUUGGAGUGCAAAUAUGAGAUGCUAAUUUUAUCUGCCAUGAAAUCAGCUAACUUAGAAGCAUUAUUCUAUGGCACUCAUUUUCAAACUGCAUUCCAAAGAAACCUUAUUUAGUUUAGGCAUGCCAUCUUGGGGAACAUGCUAUCACUGUGCAUCACACACAUUAUGCACCAACAGAGGAGUUUUGCGUAUGUUUUGGGAUGCACUCUCGGUUCUUGCAUCCUAACAGUGAUUCUCAACAGGCCUGGGUAAAAUAUGUGUGUUUCUUAGAACAAGCCAUCUAGAAUCCCCUGCUGUGUAUCCAGGUGUUCUAAACUGGAUGUAUGGAGGUUCUUGUUUAGACUAGUUCAUGGUGGGUGGCCAAAGAUGCUUAAUUAAUAUGAUCUGCUGAGGCAGUGUCUGGAAGUGAGUACCUGCACUUGUUAUAUGAUCACAUAAAGACAUUGAAUGGCAUAAGAAUCUCUGAUUGCUUUGCUGUUUAUGACAACUUGGUUGCACGAGCGUAAGGGGUGUUUUGACAUGCUUAUAUUUAUUUAACAAAAAUUAUAGCUACUUUCUUAGUGAAACAAUCUCUAGUUGUGCUUAUUGGAGGUAAAGUUUCUCCAACAGGAUUUAAAGGUCUGCCUAUUGGGAGAAGGGUUUAAGAAGUGCCUUGUAUAACUAAGCUUCAGUCCUCCUAAUAUCAAUCAAUAACAACUGUUAUAACUACAGAUAAUGAUGAGCAGGGUAUUCUAAGGCUUUAUGCAGAUAUAACUUUGCUGAUCAUUGAUAGACCAAGAGUGAGCUGGUUUGCAAGUUAUUUUUAAAGCUAAUCCUAGUCAUUGUUAUUGUUAUUAUUAUUACAUUUAUUACACUCUGUUCACCAGAAGGUCCUAGGGCGAGAUACAGCAUUAAAAACAGUUUAAAACAAAUUAACUACAGAUGUAAUGCUACAUCAUGGUACAUUCUGAUAGAUGGAAAAUAGGAAUUUGUAUGCAAGAAAGGAAGUGACUUUACUAUGUUUAAGAUUAACUGUAACAUCAGCCUUUUCAAUCUGGCAUUCUCCAAAUGUUUUGGAUUAAACUCCCAUCAACCCCAGUUAUCAUGUCAGGAUGAUAGGAAUUGUAGACCAAAGCAUCUGGAGGGGCAGCAAGUGAACAACUAUCUGAUCAAUACAAGAAACCAAACGCUUAUCAAUUUCAAUGUAAUAUUACCAAUUCAAAAUAAGCAAUCAAAGCACCAAAAUCUAGGUGCUGCUUGAAACAUAGCAAUAGUCACACAAAGAGUAACCAUCAGUGUUCCAGAGGACUGUUUGGUCACUUUCGAGUAUUAACUUUGAUGAUAAAUAACUUUGAAGCAUGUAGGAUAUUUCCUUGAAAGAACAGAAGUGAAAUAUUGCACUGAUAGCCUUUAUCAAUUUUAAUUAAAGUUGCAAGUCAUUGAUUCUGUGAAUUUCAAAAGCUGUUUUCAUUCCUUAUAUUUGAGUUUUAGUUUUUAUAUCAUGCAUAUUUCAUGUAAGACAAAAUGAAUCAAUAUAAAUGCUUCAGAAAUAGAAAAAGAAUGGGCUAUAUUGUUGCAGUGCUUUAUCUAGAGCUGUUCAGCAGUAGAAUAAACUCCCAUGAGAGGUAGUGGACUCUCCUUCCUUGGAGGUUUUUAAUCAGAUGUUGGAUGGUCACCUGUCAUUUAUGACCUAGUUGAGAUUCCUGCAUUGCAGGGGGUUGGACUAGAUGACCCUCGGGGAUCCCUUCCAGCUCUACAGUUCUAUGAUUCUAUGGGUCAUAAACUCAUUAUUAAUGCUUUCUUCCUCUAAAAGAAGUUACUUUCCUUAAAGCUUGUGUUGCACACAGUUAUAACUACAGUGUUCCACUGACGUUGAUUUAUAUAGCAAAUUUGCAUAUUUUUUGAACUUGAUGCAAUUACUAUUUUAUUUAUGUCCUGUAGAAACUUGCUUAACAAAAGGCCAAAAAACGAAACCAAGAAGCCCCAUCAAAACAGCUCUGUAAGCAUAUCUUUAACAAAAACAACAAAUAAUUUUGUGGCAUCUUAAAGAAUAGUAAAUUUAUUAUAAUACUUUAUAAGAAUAUAUUAUAAAGAAUUUCUUCCUUAUUAAAGUGCCACAUGACUUGGCUGUUUUUGCUAAAAGAUUUCUUUAGUGAGUGGUUAAAAGAGAAAAUCUCUGCCAUAUUUUGAAUUGUCCCCUCCCCACUUUUGGAGGGGUAGAGAAGUAAGUUUUGUAAUGACUUAACAUUUGACUGUAAAUUUUGAUUGGAAAGGAACAAACAAAAGGAUUACUACACAGUGGCAAAUUUAACUGCAACCUUUCUUUUCUUGUUUGCACUGCUUUUCUCAUUUAAGCAGGAGACUUAAGACUUUUAAAAGCUGUUAAUGGGCUGACAUUGUGUGUCCUCACCAACAUUAAAAGAAGUGAUUAAGGAAAUUGACCAAGCGUUAGACAGCAAAUUGAAUCCCCCUAAGCACAAACCCAAAUGUCCCAACUCCAGUUCCAAACUCUGCAAAUGCCAUAACCCUCAGGAGCUCAUUGUGUAUUAUGGCCAUUGGGGAUUCCCUGCCUGCGUCCUUAAACAAAAACCUAUUAUUAUUCUGAAUUGUGCAAUGAACACCUUAUCUGUAAUAUGUUCUCCCAUCAAAGAUCACCAGCCUUACUGCUUCAUUCUGAAGAGUAAGAAAUUCCCUUUAGACUAAUCCAUAAAUCUUAAGAUGUUACAAGUAUCUGAAGAAGUGUGCAUGCACACGAAAGCUCAUACCAAAAACAAACUUAGUUGGUCUUUAAGGUGCUACUAGAAGGAUUUUUUUAAUUUUUAAUAUUGUUUCUUGAGAUGUUGGUAGUGCCAGAAAGUUUUAAAAUAAUAAGCCUGUCACUCAAUUAAAGAAACCUCAGUAGCUUAAUCAUGAGUAUUAGUUGAAUAAACGAGUUAAUCAAUUUUAUUUGCAUACAUUUCUUAUGGGUAGAAGCAGUAGCUCUGGGGCAAAAAGUAUAAUGCCUAAGCCCGCAACAUAUGUGCAUUUAACGAGUACACAUUCAGCUGAACACACAUGGCAAAUGGAAAAGAAAGAAAGAAAAGGGAUGGGUGUCCAGGAAAAAGACUUUGGCAGUUCCAUCUGCGACUGAACCCAAUGUGUUUUGACGACAUGCAGUUUUGGGUUUAGGCAUGAUCACUGGAAUGUGACCCCCAUGUAUGUAUACUGUAUGUAUGCAUGUAUGUAUACUGUACUUUUCUUUGUUUCAACAAGAUGUAGGCAUGUGUUAUAGCAAGCAAUAAUCCCAGAAGCAUGCCCUGGUGUGUAAGAAAAGGGGGGAAUGCUUUUAAGAUGGUGGCAGGUAUCCACAGAUUUUAAGUACAGUACUCAUAUUGAAUAUAACUUUUCAAAAUAUGCCCAAGUCAUCUAGGAAUUUUUUAGCUGAUCGAUUCGUUAUAACGCCUAAUCAAUUGAACUUUUUAUCCCUAAUAAUGAACAGAUGCUGGAAACCUAUAGUAAUUUUGCCAGCUUUGUAUGAGUAUUAGUGGGAAACACUGUGUUAAUUUGUAGCACUGUACUGCAUUUUUACAUUAUUGUUAACGGCUAAAUGGCUUGGGAGCAGGCCUACUCCCACAAGAACUUGCCCAUAUAUUAAUAUCUUGUACUUGGCUCUUGCCUAGUAUGCUCCUGCCUUUCAGAGAUAAGGCAGGUAGCCAGAGUGAUUUGGGUCUUUUCUGUGGUGGCAUGGCAGCCAGACUUUGAACUUCUUCCCCAGUUUCAUGCAUCAGAUGCUACCGCUAUUUUUGUUCUUUUGUUUGCUGGUAGUUGAUCAUGAUUUUAUUUGUAUAGUUAUUGCAAUUGUUUUAAUGGAAAUGUGUUAGCCUCCUGAGAGACACAUCUCCAUGUAGAACAGUGGGAUAAAAAUAUAAUAAAUGUGAUAGAAGCUUGAACAUCAGGAUACUUAGCAGGGAUAAAAAGAGCCUUAGGCUUUCUUCCCUGGAUGUUCCAUUUUUGUGGAUAAAUUAAGUUUCGUGCCAUAUUUUAAUGGAGAUAUUGGUGAAAAUAUGCAGGCAGUCUCAUUUGAUUGCUUACUGGGAAGUUAUAAAAUAUACAGUAUGGGAAAAUCAUGUCUAUUCAGAAGUGAGUCAUGUUAAGUUGUCUGGGGCUCAUAUUAGUAGGAAAGUGUGGUUAGGAUUGCCAUUUACAUCACUUAAAUACAGGUAGCCUAGUGUGUUUAAUUAUUCUUGCUGUUUUAUAGUGGUUCUGCACCUCCUUAGUACACUGCAAUGCAAAAUUUGUUGCUGCAGGUCCAAUAAUAUAAGAUCAAUUCUCUACAAUUUUGGUAGCUCAUGUUGGAAAGAAGUACCUGCUUUAUUAGUCAAACGUCAAAGAAACCACUCUUCAGUACUGUAAGGCUUUGUUCCUGCUGUACCAUAAAGUCUCUAAACUACCUACCUACCUUAUUUUCUUAGUUGAAAGUUGAAGGAGGUCUGGCUGCGUUGAUUGCCAUAAAGGAGUAUGUCUGGUUAGCCUUGUUGAUACAGUAGAGGCAGCUUCUACUGUCACUAACAUGAGUGAAUCUGCUGCCUCAUGAAUGUCCUGGUACCAGCAUGUACAACCAUUAUAUUCCCUGCAUUAAAGAAAUAAAGAAAACAUUCAUACCAAAACUUAAAAUGCUGGUUUCAUCUAGAAAAGGAAAUAAAGGCAGGAGCAUUGAUUUUGAAGGGAAUGAAACCCAGCAAGUUGUUGGGCAGUCACAUUUGUGAUCUAGCAGUCUCUAAAGCAGUGGUUCUCAAACAUUUUUCUCUGGGCCACUUUCGAAAUAAAAAAUUGCUCAUGUCACACUGAAUUUUUUAUUGAUAAGAAAUACAUUGUAAAAUGAAAAGAAGAAACUGCUCAUUGCAGAUCAAACACAUAGGCUGAGGAAUGUUUUCAUCUCCUGUCUAUGUGAACCUGAGACUCAGAUAGCUAGCCACAUAUUGUCUACAAACUUUAUUUUUGGGAGGUUUGCGUGGGCCUGCUACUGGUGUCAAAUUAAACGAGUCUUCAGCUCUCUGUUUGAAUGGUGAUUCUGGAUCACAACUAGGAUUGCUGUCAGUAUCACUUGAUGAUUUUCAUCUCAUUCUGGAAAGAUAUUUACCCAUAGUCUGCAAACAAAAGAAAUUUUUGAUACUGUAGUUUACUAAAAUAUACUACACUGAUUUUUUAAAAUGUUUCUUUGAUUGUCCUUGAAUCUUCCUGUCACACUUGCCACCCUAUCCUACCACACCAGUGUGAGAACCACUGCAUCUAGUAUUAAAGAAAUUUCAUGAAAUUGGUUCUGAUUGUGUCCGUUAACAUUUAGAUUUUUGGUUCUGCAAGUAUUUGAGCAUUAUAUGCCUUAUGGACAAAACAAACAAAACUGUUGUAUAAGUUAUAAAUAUUAAGACUGCAAUUGUGUUCAGUAUGUAAUAUAUGUUAAACAUACAUUCAUUUUCACAAAAUUUAUAAUAAUUUGGCGUAGAUUAGAGCCAGAAGCACAAGACAAAAGACACUGAAGAUGUUGGCUAGGGGUUGGGGAGCUAUCCCUCAGUAGUUGGAAACUGCUUGACUAAAAUUCCAGCUAUGUAGGGACAAAGCUUGACAAUCAGCAUGGAUCCCUCUAUUUGUUUUGCUCCUGCUCUCAUCUAUGAAUAGAAGUUAAUGCCCAAACUGAGUGAUCACAUGUUUAUUUGAUUUUGCAAUGUCCCUUACCUUCAAUUAGAAGAAGAAACCCACUUUAAAGAAAAUUACAUUAAGCAUGCAAGAGCUUUACCCCUCUGGCCUUUGGAAGUUCUGCAGAGCCUUUCUGUGAGUUGAAAAUCAAAAUACAAAGAUUUAUAGGAAGUGCAAUUUUAGCUGAUUUACUUUACAAAAAAUACAUAAAUCCCAAUAUCCAUAAAACCAUAUCAAUAUAACUAAGACUGGAGAAAACUACUCAGCAGCAUGAUACAAACUCUCAGCAGAUAUAACACAGACUAUUAAAACAACCAAUGAGGUUCACAUAGCCCCUUCACUGAAAUCUUUUCAAAGCCAGGUAAAAACAUAUCUUUCCUCAAAGCUUGCAUUGGGCUGCCAAAGCUUCUUGCGACUGUUGUGAGGUGGGAUUUUGUAUAUAUUUUUAUGAAUUGCAUGUGUAUUGUUAUGAAUGUAUCAAUAUAAUCAUAUAUGUUUUAAAAUAUGUUGUAAGUCGCUUGGAAAACUCUGCAGCAGACUAACAGGUCUAAUGAAGAAUAAUCACUUGCACAGUGUCACACACAUCGUUCAUUUACACAAUCACUACAACAUUCGUUGUCUCCUACAGUAACUCUACCAGCCAAGCAUUCAUAGCAAAACCAGCCACACUGAACAGUAUUACAACCACAUAUACUUAAACUCAUAUCCUUCCUAUACAGGAUCCUUGCCAAGCAUAGGAGCCAAAUCCUAGGUGCCGAGGGGUCUUUGUCGCCCAAUAAAAUAUUUGAGGGGGCCAGACCCUCAAAUGAUGGCAUUGCCAUUCAAAUGGUGUGCGUGCACCGUGUCAUGUGAUUGAUUAUGCAGGGCGGGGCUUACCUGAGCUCCCCAGUAUUUAAUCAAGUUGGCACCCCUGCUGCCAAGCCUACAAGAGUAGCAAAAUGUACACAUCUCUGAAACUCUAAUGGCCUCAUAUUCUGCAUCUACUGACCUAUCAGUUCACCCUGUUAAAGGGUUCACGGACAGCAGUUGCUUAUGUAGGAUUGGAAGGGCAGAAUUCUGAGGAUUUUCUCCCCAAAGAUACCUUCAAAGAAAAACUUUUAGGAUAUAUGUAGUGAUAGUGUGAUGUGUGGCACUGAUACGUAGCUGGAGCCCACUAGAAUGCCAUUUGCAAGUGACAAAGUUGGUGGGUUUUUUUUGAGCAACUGUAAUAGAAGAACUUGGAAUUGAUCCAUGUUUUAAGUCCCUUGCUGUGCUUUGAGGAGCUGAUUUUGCUGGCUGCUUUAUUUUAAUUUAUUCUGCUCUUUUGAGUGCCUCGCAUUGGGAAAGGGUUUAGAAGGUUAGAUAGAAGCCUAAGUGCUUUGUCUCCAGGGAAGCCUUCUCUUUUUCCAUGGUAAAAAGUCUGUUUCUUAUUUAGAGUUAUUGUUUUGUUACAUUCUUAUUCUUUCUGUAACUGCUUCAGGCAUUAGAUAAACCCCAAGUUCUGCGUAGCAUUAAAAAAAAUUUUUUUUGGGAUGAGUUGCAGCUGCUUUCUUACCUAAUAAAUGCAGAAUGAGGGUGCUCUGGGAAAGUUUUUCUGUUGUAACUUAAGACUCUGAUUUGGAUGCAUGGAUGUCGGUUUGUGCGGAAGUAACCUCUACUUCUGGUAAAGCAGAUAGUUUAACAUUGUUUCUAACAACUUUCUAAAAGGGUUCUCUAUCAGUACCAUAAUGCUGGCUUACUACUCCUUUCUUGAUAAAUAUUUAUUUGCAGCAUAGCAAUGCAAUCGAAGCUUUCCACAAUAAUGUGGGAUUUUGGUGCUUUAGUGUUCUGGUUUCCUUUACGUCAAAUAAAUAAACCAGGCUCUCAAAUUGUGAGGUGUGCUUCUUUGCGGAGAUGCAUGCUCAUGAAGUCAGCACUUUCCUCACUAGCCAAGUCAAGCAUGGUGCUAAUCUUCUCCUUCCACAGACCCAAUAACUAAAAUAGGCACUGUGAACAAACAGGGCUGCGCUAUAUUAGGCUUCCUGAAUAUCAUCCAGGCCAUGUACUUGCUUCCUGCCAGCUGGGAGUGAGAGACACUUAAGCCUUCCUAAAGGGGAUGAUUAUUUCACAGUAUCAGUUGUGGAAAGUUGUGAGGGGAUGCUGUCUGAAUAGACUAAUGGGGAGAGAAGUUCAAUCUGGGAGGAGCAGGAGGUGAACUCAAAAGAACUGGACAGUGUGUUAACUUUCUGUAGUCAAGUUAGCUGGAGAGGUCAGUAGAAGUAAAUGUAGAAAGGUGUGGGAGAAGUCUGUACCCAACAUAUGGGGCAGUAGUGUGGCACCUCCAAACUGCAGGCCUGACAGGGGCCCUAAUUUGACUUGUAAGGCAAUUCCCCCAAGCCAUGCACACCCACCUCACACCUGAUAUCAUCAGAUACCGUAUAUGUCAUGGAUUAUUACUACUACAUCUUCAUCAUUUAUAUUCCACCUUUCCUUCAAGGAGCUAAAGGUGGCAUACAAUAUAGGUAAAUAUAUAGUUGCAAAGAAACAUUCAGGAACUUUAAAAUGAGCUCCUGAUUGCUCCUCAGCAAAUAGUGUUCCUGAUUGUUCAUUUCAAAUUGGGUGCCAAAUGUAAGCCCUGCUGGGAUUGGUUCCACUUGGAAGCUUCUAAACAGAGCUUUUGAGUGGAGCAGUUCCCUUCCAAAAGCAUUUCUUGAAGUCAGUGCUAGUCAGUUCAUUGGCACUGACUCAAAGCCCUACUCGGAUCAGCUGAUAUUUUUCUUUGCAGUGUGGCCUGCAAAGGGGGAAUGGGUCACAUGACACCAGGUGGUGUCAACAUAUUAGCUCCACCCACCUGUUAGAGUGGUUUGCCAGAACAACAAAUGUUAUGGGACUUGCAGAACCGAGAAGUGAAAAUGGAUUGACCUGUUAUACUCAUCAUUUAGACAGUAUUGAAAGAUUGUGGACAUUUGUCAGAGAUUGCAGAAUCAACUGAUGAAUUUCUCUGUGUUACUUCUUUCUUGACUACAUAGCUCUUUUUAUAUAGCAGAUGGAAACAUUGCUGGAAUAGCGUUCUUUGGAAUGGCCUUAAAUGCAAACAAUCUGGUAGUUAAAAUUAUGUUCUCUGUUGGACAAGUGCUUGAAGGGUGGUGGUGGUCUGUUUGAGGCACUGUUGGAUGAACGUGAAUAUUUUAUUCUGGGUUCAGAUCUGGUUUGGGGAGCAAAACUGCCUUGGUUGGUUUGCUGAACAAUUUCACUGGGAAAGAGAAAACAAUUGUGACUAGGGGUGCCAUAUGUCCGGAAGUGUAGAUUUCCUUAAAAAUAGCUCAAAAAACUUCAUUUUUUCUUUAGAUUUUGCAAAAAUAGCUCAACAACUUUUGUGUCAGGGUUGCCGUGUUUCAAAAAGUGAAAAUCCAAAUUGUGACUUUUUAAAAAAAUGUAUUCUUAUUAAAGAUUUCUUGGUUUACAAAAGUACGUGCAAUGUCUCUUUUUUGAAGUUACAUUUUCUACAGAUCAGUUUCAUCCUAAUUGUGACUCUUGACUGUGAGGGCAGUUCAAACAGCUUCUUCAACACUAGUUUGUGGGGGAAAUAAUCAGGAAUUGGGUGUGUGGUGCCAACAGUAUACUGAUCACCUUUUCAUUGUUAUCAGAAUUGGGAGAGUCUGUGCAGGUGCUGGACCAAUUCAUAAAUGCAGUAGUGGGUUGGUUGGGUGAGGAAGGAAAUGGUUCUUAUUUACCUUUCUCUCUGUUCACAAUUUGUUCUAUUAAUAGCAGUUUUAAUAAAUGCAGAUGAUUCUCACAGCUAGUAAUAUACUAGUAACUCUCCCCAUCUUCUGAAACCUUAGUUCACAUGUAGUUUUGUCAAGGGAGUUCAGUACAUAUCUUCCUGUAACUCAAAUUGGGUGGUGGAUGUGCAUAGCCAAUGGUAAUAAUAAACUACCGUAUUUAUUUUAUUGUUUUCUACAACCCUCACUCAACCUCUUUGCUUCUGUAAACUUCACUGACGUAGGAUUAUGACUAAUAUAAUCCCAUGUGGGCUAUAGUUGGGAAAGGGUGUGGAGAGUUACAUAUUGUUCAAAGUCAUAUUUGCAAUCCUUUUCUGUACUACUCUACAUAGGAACAUGUAGCUGCCUUAUUCCAAGUCAGAUCAUUGGUCCAUCUAGCUCAGUAUUGCUUACACUUGCUGGUGGUAGCUCUCUAGAAUUUCCCAGCCCUACCUGGAAAUGCUGGAGAUUGAAUUUGGAACCUUCUGCAUGCAAAGCAAAUGUUCUGCCACUGAGCUACAGUGGCCACAAGAGCAUAUUUCUAGGAGAUAUUAGAAUCUAUAUAAUGGAAAUGUUUUUCUAGUGCUAUGUGUAAACCUGCCAUGCAGAAGUUUUAUGUCUGCUUACUUACACAUGCUUACACUAGGAAUUUGUGGUAUUAUACAUUGAUAACUUAAAAGGUAAAAAAUCCAACAAACUAGGUUAUAGCUUAAAAACUUCCUUACUUGCUCACCUGGAAGUUUGUUUGUUUUUUACUUGCCACAGGAGAUCUGAGAAAUGGUGAUUUACAUAAUGUGAAACCUGUCAGGGUUUGCAGGAAUCAGGCGCUGGCUGUUCUUGCUUUAUGGGAAUCAGGUACAGGCCGGCAAGCGCAGUCAGGUGAUGAGAUGCGCUGCAGCUGGGAGCGAGCUCAGGAGGACUAUAUAAGGCCUGCAUUUCCCCCUUGGCCUUUGCCAUACCAGCGCAGUCUUCUGCCAAGGUCCAGGUCCUGCGGUCCAGUUAUGCUGCAUGCUGAUCUCCUCUUGUCCAUGACCUCUGUUGGACUUGUUCCUGACCGCAGACCUGCCAGUUGGACUGCCUCUGCUACCAGCACCACAGCCCAUACCCUUCUUCUGGCGUACUGGCCCUGGACUCUUGCUGCUCACUCCCUGGAUCAUGACAAUUUAUAAGUCUGGUACAAAUGCUAGUUUUUUGCUUAUACGGCUUUCAGAGAAAGUAUCGGAAUUCAUUUUGAAGUUCUGCAGACUCUAACAUCAUCAGUGGUCCAGUUAGCACAUAACGGUCAGGGAUGGACUUUUGUCUUCCAAAUUUCUGUGGCACUUUGUGUGAGGUCAAAAUUCAGUGCCCCCCUGCCUCUUGCCUUCUGUUCUGCUCAAUUCACUACGUCAUAGUUGCGGUGCCCUGUAGCGCCUCCCUAAGCUUGGCGCCCAGUGCCCUAAAUCAACCUCUGUAAUGGUAAGCCAUGGUCUAAAACAAACCAUGACUUGAACCAGCCCUGUGUAGAAUUGAUAGGGUCUGCUGUUGCUCAUGGCACACGCCUCCCCGCAAUUCUAUUCCUGUUUGCCUGCCUGAACCAUCACUUUGAUUUGUGUAUUCCUGGCCAAGAGAUAUGAAUGUUAAAGCAACUCAGAUAAUUAAGUGUUGGCUUACUGGUCAUCUUCUCCAAGUCAGGGGAGGAUAUCUUCUGCUUGCUCACAGAGCUGUUUGACCUUGCUGAUAGUCUUUGAGGUAUUUCAAAGCAUCCCAAAAAGUACCAGAGUCAGAUUAACUGUAAAAAAACUUAUCUGACUGAAGACUAAAAACUACCGUAGCUAAACAAAAGACAAAAAACUAGCCCUGUGCUGGAUCAUGCUCCUUUAUUGUACCUGCCCAUGAUUUCAUUUCUUUUCAGGCAAACCACAAGUAGUAGUCAAGGUUUGUUCUUGGCUUGCCACUUGUGGUUUGUUUAGGGAGAAAUCACAAGCACUGGUUUGCUUGUAAUGCUAAGCUAGUGAUCUGGUUUGUUUCCUCAUGGCACAGGGAGAAAAGGGGUGAACGCAAUAAAGGAGCUCGCAUUAGCGCAUUGCUUGUUCAUAGGAAACCAUGGUUUUGACUUGCCAUUACAUAUAAACCAGGCCGGUGUUGCUUAAGAGUACAGUGGUACCAUGGUGACUUUAUAGACUGAAGAGCUUAAUAGAAAAACCCUCCUUUGGGAAUCAUAUCUGAAAGCAGCAUUUGUUGUUGAUGGAGGGUUAGUGUGUGAUGCUUAGGAGCUCAGGUGUUUGGCAGUGUGGAAAUAUUGUGUUACUCACACUAUACUCUCCAAAUCUCUCUCCAUUGUUCUGGUAUUUCCUCCUCUUGCAAGUAAAAUAGAUUAGCUUACUUAUCUUGCGGCAGUGAGGUUAACAGAACAAUCUCUCUUUGGGAAUGAACAUAGCUCUGCCAAGUGAUGAAUAACAUGGGCAUCACCUGUUAUUAUCUUAAGUUGAGAACAAUAUAGAUCUGGCUUUCAGAGAACAGGUUGAGACUAGACAAGAGUAGCUGUUGGGGUAACUAGCCCUGAGUAUGUGUUGUUAGUGGUGCAUACCUUUCCCCCCCUUCUGGCUGAUCUUUUUCUGUUUAAGAGAACUUGAGAAUAUUGAUGUUUAGAAACAAGGUUUUGAGGGAAUUAAAAUAAAUAUUAUUUUGCUUUAUAUCCCACUUUUUGAGUAGAGUCCUCGAAGUGGCUCACAACAUUUAUAAAACAAAUACAUUUAAAGCCAUACCAUUAAAAGAAAAAGCAGUCCAGUUGGAGCAGAAGCAUGCUGAUAGUUCUGUCUUUGCUUGUCUACCUCUCCCUCCUGGAAUCCUCAUCACAGACAGAAUCCGUCUUGUAUUUGUCAAGACAGCUUGAGUAAGCUGGAUACUGUAACUAUUAAUGUACCAAUUUGCAAGUUUAGCAAAACGCUAUUGUUGUUCAGCAGAAAACUAUCAAAAUAAGGUGAAGCAACUCUUUAUCGUAAUUGGGGCCAGCCAUUUAAAUUGUCACCUUUACAUUCUGUCCCCAUCAGACCAUAAGAUAUCUUGCAUUUCUUGUGGUGAAUAUUUUUGAUAGAAUGGUGCAUCUUUUAUAAGUUACAAAAAAAGUAUUUAAAGUUCUUAAAACUUCUCUAUACAAGACAAUUUUCCUGUAUGGUUUUCUCUUUCCCGUAGGAAACAGCAUGAACAUACCAUCAUGUUUGAUUUUUCUAAAUUUAUUUUUAUUGGCUUUUAUUUGCAAAUUAUAUGAACUUAGUUGCAUAACAACAUAACUUACAACAACAAACAGAGAAAAAUUAAAAUAAAACUAAAUUCUCAAGUUUUGUAAACUGGAUCAUGAGAAAGUGUUGGAGCAGUUACGAUAUGAUGUGCUGUAGCAUAUUACAUUUAGAUUGGUGACCACAGGUAAGCAGUAGUUUAAGCCUUCAGUAAUUUGGUUUUACAUAUUUUAAUUUCCAUCCUUUAAUGUUGACUGCACAUAGUUGAACUAAACAGAAAUAAAGAAGUGAUAGAAAAAAAAGGAAAAGCAGGGAAGAGUAGGAUGACUUAUACAUACCAUCAAAUAUUAUAUACUGCAGGUAAUGCCAUGCCAUAUGCUUCAUUGUUUACAUAAUUAAUAAAAUUGUAUCAAACAGCAUAGAAAUUGUCAGGUUUCUUUUGUCCUUUUGCCACUUUUUGUUUUUGUGUCAUAAGUUAUUAGGGGUUUGAAUGGGUAAUCCCAUCAGUACCUUAUGCCUGUGAGUGCUGGGAUGUUAAUUUUAAGUUCACGUCUGUGUUGUAGCGUUCUUGCACAGAGCUCUUGGUGGAGGUUUAUCACACUGAAUUUUCUAUGACUUUUUCUGUUAUUCUGAACUUUAGAAAUAUGUCAUUUUUAACUACCUUUUGAAAUUCUUGUAGAGAAGGUGAAAACUUCUGCUGAUACUUUUUAGAUGUUUCUUGCUAUUUAACAUUUGUUUGCUGUUACAUUAUGCUGGUUGGUUAAAAAUUUACCUUGAACAUUGGGCUAAAGAAGACCUACAAGAUGUUUUUCCCCAAUUCUAUUUCAGCUUACAGCAACAAAGUGCUUCAGGCUGCCCUUCAUUGUACCUCACUUUAAGCGGCCUCAUUAGAGGAGUGUUGUGCAUGUGUGUUGUUCUGUGCAGCUGGUUUAGAUUAUUUAACUCAGCCAUUGUUUCUCUCCUGGCCUGACUUUGGUAGCAGGGAAAGAAGAACUGGAGAAUACAAUUACUUAUUUUGGAACUCAAAAGAACCAUUUAUUGUUUCUGGAGUAUCCUGAAACAAGUGUAUAAAAUGGACUAAUCAUUCCAGCAGUCCAGAAAUGAGAAUUUGUCAGUCUCAUCUUAAGAGAGAGGAAUUAUAUUGGGGUGUAAAAGGAGUUCUCUGCCAUCUUCUAGGCUUCUCUUAUUACCCUGGUGGCAAGGGAAGAUAUGACAUUGCAGUACAUCCCUCAUUGCCAAGAUAACUUUCAGGUCAGUUAAUGGAACUGAUCAGUGAUUAAUAAAGACACAAUUCUAUUGGUGAAAUCGCUGAGUAAUUUUUUUAGGAACACUACUAUGGGCUAGUCAGUCCUUAAAAGCCUAACAGAAUUAGUGUGAAAGAGGCUCACUUGUCACAUCUAGGUGAAUUUGCAAUAAUAACUUGCCUACAUAGUAUUGUGAUACUGUGUACUGUUUGGGUGGUUCCUGCCUUUUCCAUAGGUCUUUCUUGAAUCUUUACCACUUUUGACUCCUUGCUUUACCUUGAGAACAGCCCAGCUUUUGCAAAAGGCUCUGAGAGUCUUCUAAAUAAAAAUAGUAGUUAUAAGCUGGGAACACAAUGAGGCAGUUAUGUGACUUCUUCACCCAUUGACCCAUGCUUCUGGGUCCCACUCAAUGCACAUUCUCAAAAUGCCAGUUGAUCAAGUGAUUUGGGUGCUGGUUGAGGGUUUUACUUCAGUUUUGUAUCCGAAUCCUGCUAGUAGAAUAUCAACAGAGUUGCAUGAAAAUUGUUUAUAGGGCUUGGAAACCAGAUCAGUAGGUUUCAUAGAAUCAUAGAAUUGGAAGAGACCACAAGGGCCAUCGAGUCCAACCCCCUGCCAAGCAGGAAACACUAUCAGAGCACUCCUGACAUAUGGUUGCCAAGCCUCUGCUUAAAGACCUCCAAAGAAGGAGACUCCACCACACUCCUUGGCAGCAAAUUCCACUGUCGAACAGUUUCAAUCCUAUGCCCUUUUAAAAUGUGGUUUUUGGGGGGGGGGCGGUUAUUGGGUUGCUGUUUUUAUUUUGAUUAUAUAUUUUGUGGUUUUAUAUUCUGAUUUUGUUCUGUGAACUGCCCUGAGAUCUUCAGGUAUAGGACGUUAUAUGAAUUCAAUCAACAAACAAACAAACAGACAAACAAACUUCAUAUGAAAUAGCAGACAGGUUUUCUACUAAGAACAGAAAUCUAUCUAUUCAUAAAUAGAAAUCCACAGCGAAAAGCUAGAUCACCUUCAAUAUAACUUAUUUGUUCUUAUAACUGAAGGCUGUGGUUGGGGAAGAUACCCCCAUGCUAUUUCUGUCUCUGUUAAUAAUGAAAAUGGUAUGAAUUUUACAAAAUAUAUUCCUGUAAUUAUUUUAAGGUGGCUACCAACAGAAUCUAAGUCAGGGUAAAAAUAUUAAUCUUCAUUCUUCCAACUCCUUGUCCAGCACUCUUUCUGCUAAACCACAGUGAUGCAGCUCUUUCUCAUAAGAGUAUGUUGUAGAAGGGAAAUAAGAGUUGAGAACUAAAUAUUGUGAGAAAUAAACAGAAUCAUAUAAUUGUAGAGUUGGAAGGGAGCCUGAGGAUCAUCUAAUUCAAACCCCUGCAAUACAGGAAUAUGCAGCUGUCCCAUAUGGGGAGUGAUCUUGCAACCUUGGCAUUAUCAGCACCACAUUCUAACCAACUGAGCUAGCCCGUGAAUUCUGUAUGUCAAAUGCUGAUGGACGAGAUUGGAUGGAAUUACUGAUCCAAGAAAUAUUUCUGUUUGUAGUGAUGGAAAGUCUUUUAUCGUUCUGAGGGGGGGGAGGAGAGAACCCUUUAAGCCUAAUAUCUCUCACAAAUGCACCAGUUAAAAUUGAAUUAUUCUGUAUUUUUAUAUCUAAAAAGUAAUAGGGAGGGAUUGUAUGUGAGUGAAAGAUAACAAAACUUCACUUCAGCACUUGCUGGAAUGGAGGCAUAAUCACAAUGCUCUAAUAUAGCCUUAUACAGGUGGUUUUACUCAGCUGCCAGGUUGAGCACACACCUUAUUGCUGUCUUUAGAGUGAAGGGAUAUUUUUCUUAAUAAUUUCUACUUUCUUUGAUACAGAAUUCUUAAAGAGCUAUUACAUGAUUUGUAAACUGUUUAUGGUUCCACAUGUUCAUUCCCUGUCACUUCCUUUUGGUUUAUCUAACAAACUGAAGACAGAGUAACAAUCAUGGACUCCUGAAGGCAUUUUUGGCUGGUGGGAUUUCCAUUUGCUGGGCAAGGCUCUUCCAACUGAUUGUAUCUAGUUUGGCUUGGAUAGUGACAAUGUCUGAAUAGGCAUGAAUAGAGCCAUUCAAGUUGAUGGACAAGAGCUGAAAGCUGCACACAAAAGCCACUGGGCAGUCACUAGAACUAGCAGCUUCAGCAUUAGGCCUUAGCAAGGCAAGGAUGAUAAACAACAAAGAACAGUGAACAAGCUUUACUGGGGCUUUGAGUUGAUGCCAUUUCCCCACACCCAGAAAAGGCAAUGGACAUGGCAGGUAGCUGAUGAUGUAAUCAGUUGUGGAUGCAGAAGCUGAGAGGUGUGUGUUUGUGUUUGUGUGUGCUCGCACAGGACGCGGAGGGGGACAGAAUGGGCAAACUUGAUGUCUUGUAAAGUGGCUGAUAAUAUUUAAUAAAAGCAGCUGCCAGUAGCAUUCUGUGGCUAAUGCUGAUUAGUGUUUGCCUGACAUAUCACUAAAAAGUGAUUUAAAAGAGAUUUGAUUUUUGAUGAGAGAUGAUUCUCACAUGCCUGAAAGUCUAAAUGUGGACUUGUCUGAGUGUACAAAUAACUCUAAAAUUUGUACCCUCUCACAAGGGUACACAGUUUAAGUAUGAUAGUAUAUAGUUGCUUGUUUUGCUGUCUGGCUGUCUCACCAUCUGACAUUCCUUAAUCUGUUUUCUGUAGUUUGCAGGAAUGAAGCUAUUUAUAAUCUGCCUCCCUGAGGAAAGGGAGUUGAAGUCUCUCUCCGCCCCCCCCCGCCAUAAUAUUUUACUGAGUUUUCAGAACGUAAUUAUGCUGUAACAAUUUAUUCAAGAUAGAAGAUCGCUUGUUCUUACUUGUCAAGCAUGUUACUACAGAAAGGAACAAAAUUCUUCAUUGGACAUGCAAAAUUGACACUGUUGCCCAGUUCAUACAAGAAUAAUCCAUGUGUCUGGAUGCUUCCAUCUCCUCAUUCCUUCCCUUCCUUGCUUGUACAUCCAGCUUUGGUUGAGAUUUCCUAAGCUAUACUUUCUUGUAAAAGCCAAAUUGAGAAACUGUUGUUUAAAUUUCCCUCCAAAUCAGAAUUUGAUUGUUUGGAUGUCAUUAGAAACUGCAGUUUAACUUUGAUUAGUUUUUUUCUUGAAACAUAAAAUGCUUUUUGCGCUGCCCGGGAAUUGAACCCAGGUCCCAAGAAUGGGAAUCUUGCAUGAUACCACUACACCAGCAGCGCUGAUGGAAACUGCAGUUUAAAAAGUCAGGACAUCUUUGCCAAAACCAGGCACAGAAGCAGAGAAGAGAAGGGACAGAGCAAAUGGAGAUCCAACAAGCACAUGACUUGCUCCUAAUAAAACUCUUUUUUUAGGCCAAGGCUGCUGCAGCUGAAGCAGGUGUUUGUGCCCUUAUUACUUUGUUGUUCUUGUUCUAUAUAUUUAUCUGAAUUACAUUAGUUUGCCAUUCACAAUGUGUGAGGAGGGAAAAGAAAACCACACUAUAUGCCUGUAUUUCAGCCUGAUGUUCAACCUGGUAUGUUUGCACAUACAGUGGUACCUUGUUUUACAUACGCUUCAGGUUACAGACUCCACUAACCCAGAAAUAGUACCUCGGGUUAAGAACUCUGCUUCAGGAUAAGAACAGAAAUUGUGCUCCGGCAACGCGACAGCAGCAGGAGGCCCCAUUGGCUAAAUUGGUGCUUCAGGUUAAGAACAAACCUCUGGAACGAAUUAAGUACUUAACCCAAGGUACCACUGUACUAUAGUUCAGAGUUGCUGAACAUUUUUCAGCGGACAGUGGCAAUAGUAGGUGGACCAACAGAUGUAACUUUUGUACAAUAAACUACAUUACAACUAUGCAAAAGUCAAGUACCCCACUGUGUGUGUGUGUGUGUGUGUGUGUGUGUGUUUGUGUGUGUGAAGCAAGAAGUGUUCAAAAAUGCAUUCCACUGAGCAAAAGGCACGCAAUGAAGGUGUAGAGUGAGGGCGAGUAAGAGAUGUGGUCUAUGGAAAGUCCACAGAGAUGCCUGGAGGGCUGCAUUUGGCCCUCUAGAUUUGAUGUUUCCCAACCCUGCCAUAGUUUCCAUAAGUAUGCAGAAGAAAACUAUUUUAGUCCUCCCCUAGUGCUGAUGAGAGCAACAAACAGCAAUCCCUGGUUUGAACACAAUACUAAGCUAUGUUUGGGGUUUGCUGAUCCUGUUAAUUCUGGGAUAGGAGCAAACUAGGAGUGAUCUCCAUGUUUAUUGUUGUUGUUUAGUCGUUUAGUCGUGUUGGACUCUUUGUGACCCCAUGGACCAGAGCACGCCAGGCACUUCUGUCUUCCACUGCCUCUCGCAUGCCUCCCGCAUGCCUCCUCCAUGUUUAUGGAAAGCCAUUAAUUAUAGGUUGGUUACUGACGUGAGAUGUACAAACUGGGCAAUAGGUGAACUCAGGUAGACAUUCUUGAAGGAGUUCAUAUAUUAGUUCCUUGUUAUCAAGGGCUAUGUAAUAGUAGAAAAUUAACAUUUGAAAUUUAAUGCUCUGAGUAAAUGUUUGAGUUUUACCUUUUCUUUUUUAACUGAAAAACUUGCAUGUAUCGGCCAAUGUAACCUUGCAUGUAACCUUCAGUAAUUCUGCAACAGAAGCACCUUUCAAGCUUCUGUAGAACCUGUUGGUCCUUAAAACCUAUUUCUCUGCCUAGACUGAUGGAAUGCAAGGCUUUUCUUCAAAGAAAUAUGAAACGGGUGCUUGAACAUGUAGGUGGGUGCUUGAAAAAAAAUGUAGGUUUCAUACUAACAGUUAUUUCACAUUUUUUCUCAUACUCUGUACUAUUACUUCAGCAAAUGUUUAAAUGUCUGGAUUUCCCUGAAACACGGGAACACAGUUCCGAUCAUUUUCUGAUUGCUACAACCCUAUUUAUGUAGGGAAGCACAGCAACUUGCAAUUUACAUGUGUAUGUAUAUCUGAAGUAAAUUAUGGAUUAGCUGCCUUGCGUCUGCUGCAUGCCUGUGAGUCCUUUUAGCUUUUAGAUGGUAAACAGAUUCUCUAAAUCUACAGAACUGCCUGCAAGCCAAAGGAAAUUGUUGAUGUAAAUUCUUGAGGAAGCAGGAGCAAAGGAUUAUUUCACUAUAUGACAAGAUACCAUUGUCUCGUUUUUUCCUUGAGAUAGGAUCACACUGGAGCAGCUUCCCUGUCACCAGAGAGGAGUUUUACCAAAUACAGUGGUACCUCGGAUUACAUACGCUUCAGGUUACAUACGCUUCAGGUUACAUACGCUUCAGGUUACACACUCCGCUAACCCAGAAAUAGUACCUCGGGUUAAGAACUUUGCUUCAGGAUGAGAAUAGAAAUCGUGCUUUGGUGGUGCGGCAGCAGCGGGAGGCCCCAUUAGCUAAAGUGGUGCUUCAGGUUAAAAACAGUUUCAGGUUAAGAACGGACCUCCGGAAUGAAUUAAGUACUUAACCCGAGGUACCACUGUACGUUGUAAGUUAGCAGCUAUGAGCCCCAGUCUCAAGGUUGAUGCUUGUUUGGAGACCUUGAACAUUCUUGCAUUCUUGCCUAUUCUCUUUUCCUGCCCCAAUCUGUACCUCCAAGUGUAGCAUUUUCAGUUUGGGUGUAAUUUAAAAAUAAAGUACUAUGAAAGAGAAAGAAGAGUGAGGGGGCAGAGGAGGCUUCAAACUAGGAAAAUAGCAAGUACAAGAAAGGAAGAACAGCAGAGCAUAGAUUGACCCUGGACCCAGACUGCUUCCUUAUCAAUUAGGAGUUUCCUUUCACAUCACACACAAGCAGUGAAUUUCUUUCUAAUCAUAGCUGAGCCUUUCCCAUUGUGUUUUGGCAAAGAGAGACAGUGGAUUGUGAAUGGCUAUGGAUUUCUUAUGCACCUGAUUGUGAGAGACCAAUGAGACUUACCUACUUAAUUCAUUUUUUAUUUUGCUAAUUGGUCAGUCUUAAAGUAGUUUAGAUCUCCCAAAAUGUAAUAUUGUGCAAAUUCAAGAUUGAGUGUCACACAACUUUCCCCCAAAAUUACUUUAGAACAUUGGAUGAGCUGUAGCUUAUAUUUUAGACUAUGUGUGAGAUCAGCUUUUUCUGGGCUAAGGGUCAUAACCCUCCAAGAGCUGAAUGUAAAAGUGGGUGUGGCUGGAGUGUAAAAGUAAGUAUGGCCAAUAUUAAUCUUUUGAAUCACAGUGGGAUUCCUAUGAGAGCAGUACGUUUUUUUAAAAAGUAAAAAUUUGGGGGUCAGGGAGCAAGCUAUAGAAAGCCUCUUGAGAAGCCUCUUAUAUAUCUAUAUCCAGCAGUUAUCUUUUAUAUUUUCAGAAAGAGAAACAGUCUUUUGUUUGCUUUGAGUGCAAAAUAGAUUAUAUAUUGCACUAUGGAGGUAUGCAACCUAUUAAGGACAGGGUUACAUUCCUUCUAAAGAACCAAGUAUGCAGUUUGGGGAUUCUCCUGGAUCUUGCCCAGGGGUCAGCAACCUUUUUCAGUCAUGGACCGGUCCACCGUCCCUCAGACCAUGUGGGGGGCCGGACUAUAUAUUUUUUUGGGGGGGAUUAACAAAUCCCUAUGCCCCACAAAUAACCCAGAGAUGCAUUUUAAAUAAAAACACACAUUCUACUCAUGUAAAAACAUCCUGAUUCCCGGACGAUCCACAGGCCGGAUUGAGAAGGUGAUUGGGCUGCAUCCGGCCCAUAGUCCUUAGGUUGCCUACCCCUGGCCUAAGCCAAUACCACUCACAUUCUGCAACCAAUAAAGUUGUGGCCUUUUUUUUGCCCAUUAACCUAAAAUACUGUUUCAUGUGUCUUUAUUCCACUUCCUACCCCUGAUCUUGCCCAUCUCUGGAUGCACAGGUGCCAGAGCUUUGACUUCAAACCAUGGAUUGUGAAGUUGUCUUGUUUCAAUGAACCGUAGCUAAGAUCAAACUCAUUUUAGGGUUGGGGUGCCCUGAUAAAAUGAAGACAAUCUGAAAUGGAAGUGGAAGCUUAUGGUUUUCAUUAUUAUGGCCAUGCUGGGAUGUGGAAAGAGAAGAACAUGAAUACCUAAGGCUGCUUGUGGCUUAUCCUCAUAAUGCUUAAACUUGAUUUAAUGCACAGACACAGCCUAUUGGAUAUGUGGUGAAUAAAGAAGAAAUAGACUGUAGUAUAUGAACUUUAGAGGCCUCUAAACAGACUCUGAAAGAGCCUGGGAAAAUCCAGUAGCUUUUCUGGAUUUGUGGUCACUUUUCUCCCACAGUGUUCUUCCAUUAGGUUGGAAUCAGUCAUUUUAUAAGUGGAAGAGGCUUUUGUUAGUGGAAGGGUACUUGGUCUUAUUUAUUUACAUUACUAUUUGUACCCCACACCUUCAGUCAAAAAUGAAUAAAUCCCAGGAAUAAUAACAAUGCAAUAGUCAAAUAAUAAUAGUUAAAUAGCAAAUGAAGACAUUUAAUAGGAUCAUCAGUUUCAGUAAAUUUUUUCUUGUCCAGUUUUUCUUUUUUUUAAAAGAUAUUUAUUAAAAUUUUCAAGAUAUUACAAAAUGAAAAAAGAAAAAAGAAAAAUACAAAAUAAAAGUAGUUAAAAACAACUCAAUCUUUCCGUUACUUAUCUUUCAUUAGCUUGUUUGAUUAGCAAAUCCUUCCCCUCUUUGUUUAUCCUAGUCUUUAAUCUUAAAAUAUUGUAACAUUAAAUUUUUACCUAUUAGUAAUCCAUUUUUCAUAUUCCCUUAUAGUAUUACAGCUAAAAAAUACUUAAUUUCUAUCCAACAUCAUUCUAACAUUCAUUAAUUUUGCAAUAUUUCUGUAAAUAGUCUUUAAACUUUUUCCAAUCUUCUUCCACCGACUCUUCUCCCUGGUCUCGGAUUCUGCCAGUCAUUUCCGCCAAUUCCAUAUAGUCCAUCACCUUCAUCUGCCAUUCUUCCAGUUUUUCUUGUCACCCUGAUAGUAUUAAAACAAAUGUGUAGAGUUAAUGAACACAUUUUACCAUUUAAAUAUUUCAGUGAAGUUCAUUAUUGGAUUACAAUUGGACAUAAACACAUAGCAGCACAAUUAGUUCCAUAGAAGUUAGUGGAACUACGCAGAUAUUUUUGGGACCACUUGUGAUAUUUUGAAUGUGAUCUGUGAUUUCUUUUUUGUUCUGAGGUUAGGGAUUUAUGUACUGUACAUGUUUUCAAACUUCAUAACAGUUCUAGUAAGUAAAUUAAUUCACCUACCAGCUUUCUAAAAUGACAUUACCGUUUGUUUUUGUUUUUUUUAAAAAAAACCUAUACUAUAGUAGUCUUAAAGGUGUUUUUCUCUGUGUGCCUAGACUCAACUUGCCUAUUCUAUAAAUAUGUCAGCUCUUUUAAUGACUCAGUUAUAUGGUGUAAAAAGUUAUGUUUGGAAUGUACUUAGUAGUGUGAGGUUGAGAGCUGUUUUAAGUGCCCAAAGCUGACAUUCUGAUAAAUUGAGGCCCUGAUAAUUUGAGGCAAUUAAAAUAUUCUAUUGAGCCAAAUUUUAUAUCUGUGCAAUCUGCUAUCUCUACAAGUUAAAGUCUGCUUCACCUGGACACAGUGGCAUAAUUUCCUCAUUGCAUUCAGUGUAACAGUUACAUUAUUGAUGUUGUAAAACAGUCAUUUGCUAGUCAUUUUUGUUUAAAUGGUUGCCACUGUAGCAAGAGCUGUCUUGACAGUAGAGCACUGCUUGGUGGGUUGAUAGGCUUUGUUUCAGGAGAGGUAUUGUAGCAGAGACUGGACAACCAUAUGUGAGGGAUGCUGUACGUGCAUCUUCCACUGAAAAAGGUAGUUGGACUAGAGGACCUCUGUGAUACUGUCAGCUGUGAUUCUUCAAAAUAUUUGGUUACUUUAUAUUGGUGCCUAUUUUUUGUAUAGACUGUAUAAAAUGUGGAUUUCACAUCUAUGUAAAUAGUUUUAUUGCUAGAGAAUAUGCAACUAUGUGAAAUGAUAGACAAACUCUCAAUGAAAGAAAAUAUAAAAUACAUGUCCCACUUAAUCCAGUUUGCAAGUGUCAUUAGUGUAAGUUACCUGAUACUCAGGAAGCAGAGACAAUAUAUUCAGCAAAAGCCUUGCAUUUAAGGUGCAGAUGUUGUUGUUUUUGAAAUGCAAAUUGCAUCACCUUGGGGGGGGGGCCCUUGGCUGAUAAUUCACUGGAUCAGAAGAGUCAUGGAGAUGGAAAGCAGGCUUGGAUAGGAAAUUUAACUCUUACUUUGUCUUAUGAGACCUAACUUUCUGGCCAAGCUACACAUUAGUGCAAGUUUCCUUCCAAUGCAAAUACUAGCUUCAGAAUAGGGUUUUCAAUCUUUUCAGAAGAUUUUCAGUCUUGAUAUAAGAAUGAUAUGUAAUGGAGAUUUUUUUUAAAAAAAGCAAUCAAUGUUUGUUUAUUUGGAGCCAUUUAUGUUUUGCUUUAUUUAUAUUCUGUUCCAUAGUUCAUUUUAUUGGCAUUUCUGUUGGUAAGGUACAUGUUGUCUGAAUUUUAAUUUGCUUUUAAUGUGAUUAUUUAAAACAUAAUAUUGGUAUAUUAAAAUGGUAAAUACUUUGACUGUCCCUUUCCACUGCUUUAUUGAAAUCAUGAGAGAGUGUAUAGCUUUAUGAGCAAAGCUUGGACAAAUCUUUGUACUAUGAUUUUAUAUUGUUUUCUUUAUUAUACCCCUGAUGAAAAACAACUGUUAAAAAUGCAUUGGGCUUUCAAUAAAUAAACCUUUCUCCUGUCCUCCUGAAGGCUUCUCCUAUCCUUUCUUUCCCUGCGGUUGUUGCCUCCUCUCUUUUUUCUUUGGCCCCCCCAUCAUCAGGUGUAUAAGAAAUUCAUAGAUAUUCAGCCUCCAUCAUUUGGGUUUGCCAACCUCAUUGGAGACAAUGGCCUCGGCUAGAAUUAGAAAGGAAUUCAUUGCUUCUGACUGAUAGGAAAAGAAUAUCCUGAUGUUUAAGAAAGUAGUCUAAGGUCAAUAUCUAGCUCUGCCAUUAAAUCUGAUACUGGAGAACAGAGGCCAUAAUUGUGACUGCUCACAAUAACCCUCUUUCUGGCCUCCUUCUGUUCGCCUCAUUCAUAUACUCUAUGCUGUUCUUCAUUUCACAGGCCCAAUACCUCCUCUGCCCCCUCCCCCCAGCCUCAAUGUAUCUGGCUUCAAGUUUUGUCCCUUGAAUCCCAUUCACAUGCACCAUCUUCCUGCUUUGUCAGGAAGGAGAGUAUGGAAUGAAACAAUCACAUGUAUAAGGCUAAUAAUGUAAUUUUUUUUCUACCCAGUUGUGGUUAACUGCACAGCUGCUGAGUGGGAAAGACCCACUUCAUUGACACUGCCCACAUGAUUGCUACCCCACCCCAGAAAGCAUUCCCCCCCAUACGUGUCAUGUAUUAAUGGUGUGUUAAAAGUGUCUCUGGGUUCCCCAACCCCAAGUUUCUUUCUCACUUUGCCCAUCCACCAAAAGAAGUUCCCCUUUUAAUACAAAAAGUUGUCUUAAGGAAGUCAUUUAAAGAGCUGUGUUAACUACAACACCCAACGUCUUGUUUUCCCCCCAAAACUAUGACAAAAUUUUGAGCUGUUUUUUCUGCUUCAAGUCUCUGGUUUUGUGCCACAACAAACAAGUGUGUAGAGACAGAUCAAAUUGAGGCUUGUAAUUAAUGCAAUCCCCCAAAACAACAUUGUCAAAUUGCCUCCAAAUCUGUGCUCACGUUUUGUGCUAGUUUUGAGCCACAACCCGCAGGUUUCUGACAGCACUCACAACCAUGCAACAGACAAAGCUUGCGCUGCCUCCAAAACCCCCAACCUUGUCAUAUCUUCCAAACCUUUGGACGUUUUGUGCUGCAAAUAUUGGGUAUAUGGUGGUAUUAAAGGUAAAGGGACCCCUGACCAUUAGGUCCACUCGUGUCCGACUCUGGGGUUGCGGUGCUCAUCUCGCUUUAUUGGCCAAGGGAGCUGGCAUACAGCUUCCGGGUCAUGUGGCCAGCAUGACUAAGCCGCUUCUGGUGAACCAGAGCAGUGCAUGGAAACGCCAUUUACCUUCCCGCCGGAGCGGUACCUAUUUAUCUACUUGCACUUUGACGUGCUUUCGAACUGCUAGGUUGGCAGGAGCAGGGACUGAGCAACGGGACCGAGCAACAGGAACUCACCGCCGACCUUCUGAUCAGCAAGUCCUAGGCUCUGUGGUUUAACCCAUAAAUCAAUGAUUCCGAAACACCUCCGGCUUUGUUCCGUAAAUUCCUCUCCAGUGCCCCCUUACACUAUAAAAAGGAUUAUUCAGAAUAGCAGUUUGCACGAUCCGCCAAGGAAGAUAAUAAAACAAUAAAAUUCAAAACAGUUACAAUUAAUUGCACAUUUAUCAAAUUAAAACUAUUUAGCUUAAUUAAGUCAACAAAAAUUAUGAACUUGAUCUGGUGAUACCAGCUUUUCAAAGGGAUAGCCAUUUACACUUCCAGUGAUCCCUGCCACUUCCUUGCCUCUUAGCACCACCCAAGUUAAUCCUGAUGCCCCUCAGGGGCUGGUACCACCCACUUUGAGAAUUAUUGAGUUAAGCGAACAGAGGAGUAGCAAACGGUUAGCUUUUAUAUUAUUUAUAUUAAUUAUUAUUAUUAUUAUUAUUAGCAGGAGGAGGAGCAUUAUAUCACCAUCAAUUUUACUUUUACGGCCAGGGAGGAGGAAAUUUGUGGUAUUAUUUAAUGGUGCUUAUUGGAAGCACUCAUUGCUUUGCGGGUGUUAGUGUUUUGAUAAUACUUUACUACCUGAUAACACCUUAAGGGCAGCUUUUUAGUUGUUGGUUGCAGAAUUAGUGAAAUUUUAAGUAUCUAGCUGAGAGACUGGCAGGACAUGCUGACUAAGUGCAAACUAUUGAAUGACUAAAGACUAAAGUUCAUUUGGAAUUAGGUGGUGUUUAGGACCUUUGUAUUAAUGGACUAGCUUGAGCUAUAAAGGGCUUGACUAUAGGCAGAUACUUGCAUAUGCUGUGAUUUCACAGGAACAGGAAAAAAUGCAGAAUGUGAUACUGGGUCCAGAGUUUACCUUUUGGAGCAUCAAUUGUUCUUUUUUCAACUGCUUUUAAUGUUUUUUAAAGAAAAUACUGUUUUUUUAAAAAAAUGUCUUAACAUGUUGAUGUUUGCUGCCCUCUGCUCCUUUGAGAGGAAGGGUAGGAUAGAAAUUUAAUUAUUAUAAUUAAAAGAACCUCAUAAAUGUAAUUAUUAUAAUUAAAAGAACCUCAUAAAUUUAUACACCGCUUGUAGAAAACCUCAAAGCAGUUUACAAAAAGAAUAAAACAGUAAGAUCAUUAGUUGGAACAAUUAAAACAUUCAUAUAAAAUUAAAACUAGCAAUACAUCAGCAUUCUAAAUAUCUGAGUAGGCUUGUCCAAACAACAGUGUUUUCAGGAGGCGCCAAAGAGUGCAAUGAAGGUGCCUCCCUGUAGCGGCGGAGCAAGUCGAUCGGGCGCCUGGGGCUGCGCACAGGGCCAGCCGCCCACGGGGAUGGGGCCAGCUGAGGCAGGACACUCCGCGGGGCGUCCGAGGAGUCUGCCUGCCUCCUCCCACUCAGCCGCCCUACAGCUAAGGGGGAGGCAGCGGGUGGACCGUUUGGGGCAUCAUGGAGCCUGCGGGUGCCCAAGUUACCACGUCACUCCCAGGAGAGACAUGUGGCUCGGGCACACUGCAGGCUCCAUGGUGAGUGCCGCCUGGUGUUUUGUCACCCCCUCUCAGUGGUGACACCCGGGGCUGCCUGCCCCCACCGAAGCCCCCUUCAUCCGCCUCUGCCUCCCGGAUGUCAGUAGACAGGGAGUUCCAAAGUGUUGGUGCCACCACACUAAAACAUUGACUUUUUAUAAAUGCAAAACGGAUAUUUUGUGGCACUUGUAACAGUGUCAGUUCUGUAGAUUGACGCGCUCAAGAGGGUAUUUAUGGAUGAGGUAAGGUGAUCUUGCAGGUAGACUGGAAAGGGGUUACAGAAUAAGAUCUCCAGUGUCUGGGAAUGUGGCUUCAGUGUGCUACAUAUUCUUACAGCUUCUCAUGACUAGCAAAAUCAGAAGAAAUGUGCAAAAUGAAUCAAGAAAUUAGUAAGAAAUUGCUUGCAUAAAUUGCUACAAAAUUCUGAUUUCUUGGGUCAGAAAUCGGAUUUCUAGAUUCAGAUUUUUUUUUUAAAAAAAAGCCCUGGUUUUUUUUAGAGCCCUGGUUGUAUCCAUUGAUUGAAGGAUUAGCACAAUUGAAUAGUUUUUGAAGAGGCUAUAGGAGCAUUCUUUACAGCAGGGACUAGUUACAUUAUGUUACUUGAGAAUCGAAAACAUAACUAAGUUUCCUUUCCGCCAUGCUGAUAAGUAUUCGAUCAUCGCCACAUGUUGUAGCUGAUGACUUCAGGCUUAGAAAACCUUGUCUCCUUAUAUGAAGCUCUUGUGCUUCAGUCCUUGACAUUUUACAGAGAAAAUCAGUCUUACUGAUUAACAAUAUACCACACAUUUAGACAGCUGUAGCUAAACAUCUGGAUGAGAUUAUUUGGUUUGGGAAGGAGGGGGGGGACUGGGGCAGUGAUUUAUAGAAUGUUUCUUUGGCUGUAAAUCCCAGCUGUAAUUGGGACUUCUCGGUCCUUAAUUGUUUGCAGCAAAGAGUGAAACUCAAUGGUUCCCAAUUCAUAGCAGGGUCCAGAAACCCAGCCGGUAGGGAGCAGGCUCAGGCUUGUUGCUAGGUUACUGUUGCCUUUUGUUUUGGUCCCAGCUCAAUCGUGUAUUUAAGGCCAUGUAUACAUUUCUCUGCAUUGUUAAUGUAAUUUGUUCAGGCAGUAAACCGCCAAGUGCAGUUGAAGGAAUCUGAUAUUCAGAAACACCAGAGGCCAGGUUUUUGUGGGCAGGUUGUGGUUUGAGGCCUAGAAAAGGAUGAAAGAUUUGAGGUAGGUCAUUGUGAUCAUAUGCUGUAUAUAUCAGCAAGCAGGCCUCCAUACAUUGUGAUGGUGUCUCAGUUAUUGUGAAACUCUGCAAAAUGGUUUGGCAACCUUGAUGUAUUGUUUUGGCCUUGGAAGGAUUUCAGACCUGCUCUAGGGGCUAUAAUACAGGCUUUUCUUACUAGGAGAGAAAAUAUUUUCUCUGUAUUAAAAAGGGUGGAACUUCAAUAGAAGUCCCGCACUGAUUCUUACAAAUGCUGAAGUUGUACAAAAAAAUCUUGGAAAUUCUGGUCUGGUCUGAGCUGUUUCUUUCUUAGUGCAAAAACACUUGGAAUAUUCCUUAGAAUAUUCAAAAGUUUUUAAAAUAGAAUUGUAGGCUCUGAAGGGAAGUUAUCAAGCACAACCCACUUCUUAGUGCAGGAAUGCAUAGGGCUAUCCACCCUCUGUUUAAGUACCUAUAGCAAUGUUUUCUUUUAAUUUAUAAAUGAACAUGCUGCUUCUUACUUAGGGAGUCCCCAGAGUAUUAAAAAACAAUUAUCUUGUUUUUAGAUUGCACCAUUUUGAUAGGCACAGGAUCAUCCAAAUUUGCAUUUUUAGGUAAUAAUUGUGCUAUCUAGAUGCUCUUAAUCAGAUUGAUCAAGUUUUCCUCUGUGGGAAGGAAAGCACAGAGAGUUAGUCCAGUAAAAAUAAUGUUAAAUUUAAAUAAAAUUGCAGAAGAAAAUGUUUUAAAAUGUAUUAAAAGUUAUAAUAUACAGCUUGAUGCAUUCACCUGAGUUAUUUUGGAAAUAAUUGAAAAGUAAGACAUGGCAUUGGCCUGGCUUGUGCUUUACUUUUAUGUCACAGUUAAACUAAAUUGUGAUUUGAACAUGAUUGUUCAGUGUGCUCCAUAAAAUUAUACAGUGGUACCUCUGGUUACAAAUGCCCCGGCUUACAUUUUUUUUUGGGUUACGAACGUUUUUAACCUGGAAGUGAGUGUUCCGAGCUCUUGGAGGCCUCGCCGCUGACCGGAGCCAAACCCGGACAUCCGCAGGGUCUACAGAGGCUCCGCAACUGGGCUCCAGCAGCAGGAGCACUCCAAGGCCUCUGCAAAUGCCGGAAGCCAGGCCCCGACAUCCGCAGGAUGCCCAGCAGGUCGCGUCCAAGCCCCAAAGUUAGGUAAGGAACACUUACCUAAUGAAGACCAAGAGCAGUGAAGUUGUUAAGAAAACAAAGAUGAGCCUGGGCCGAAAAGCCCUUUACCAACCCUUGCCCCUCCCCCAGCUGUAGCAAGAUGGGUGGCACCUAGCCAGGUAGGUCCACCUCCCCUUUGGGAGGGUGUGUGUGGAAAAUUUUGGGAUUCUGCAAGGGAUUUGUUUAUGUGAGUCUGCCCUGUGUCUUUGCCUCUGCUUUGCUUCUUCGUUUGGGGGACUUCUGGGGGACUGUGCCUUCUGCCAUUGUUUUUGGGGUCCUGUGGAGCCCAGUUCAGCUACUGGUUGACUGUGUGACUGCAGAAAUGGAUAAAAGCCCCCCAUCCAAACAAUGACUAUCAUCAGUGCAUGUAAGAAAUAAAAUAAAUGUUAAUUUUUUUCAUCUACAAUACUGUGUUAUUUAUUUUAUAGUAAAGUACAUUGUUUAUUGCCUUCAUUUUAUGGAUCAAUGGUCUCGUUAGACAGUAAAAUUCAUGUUAAAUUGCAGUUUUAGGGGUAUUUUUCAUCAUCUGGAAUGGAUCAAUCCACUUUUCCAUUACUUUCAAUGGGAAAGUACGCGUCAGGUUAAGAACGGACUUCUGGAACCAAUUAAGUACUUAACCUGAGGUACCACUAUACAUGGUGUGGUGAAAGCAGAUAGAGAGAAGCUUUUCUCCCUCUCAGUCAUCAGUGAAGCUGAAUGUGAAAAGGUUCAGAACAGACAAAAGUACUUUUUCACAGUGCGUGGUUAAAUCAUAGAGUUCCCUAUCACAAGAUGUAGCAUUGGCUACCAAUGUGGAUAGUUUUAGAUGGGGCUUAGACAAAUUAAUGGAGGAUGAGGCUAUCAGUGACUACUAGUUACUAUGGCUGUGAGCUACCUGCAGUAGGAUGCCUCAGUAUACCAGUUGUUGAUGUACAUCAGAUGGGACAGUGCUGUUGUGCUCAAGACCUGUGUGCUAGCUUCCCAUUGGCAUUUGGUUGACUGCUAUGAGAACAGGAUACUGAAGUAGAGGGCCUUUUGUCUGAUCCAACAGGGCUUAUGUUCUUAGAACAGGCUGCAAGGGAGUCCAUUUUGUUAGCAUCUUUACAAUGAUAACAACACAUUGAUAAUUGGAUAGAUCUGUCAAUUUCUGCUAGAAUAAUAGCCCUUUUAGAUUUGGUUAUUAGUGCAAUAGAUUGUGGGUCUACUAUGGAGUAUCUUUCUUUUUGAAAAACAUUUUACAGGGUUAUAUGUUUUAUUCUUUCAGAUGGAUUCACAUAUGGCUGGAAAACCAUGUUCAAAUAGUGCUCAUCACUGGUUUCUCAUUAAACAGGAGAGGUGGUUUUUUUUAAUUGGGGUGAUUCAGGACUCUCUAUUAGCAGUUUAGACCAAGAGUGGGAAAACUUUUUUCGGCCCAGGAGGCCACAUUCCUUCAUAGGGACCCUUCCAGGAACUAUAUACCUAUGGAGAGUGGGUCCAGAGGCAAAAGUGGGUGGAGAAAUGGAAGAUAUGCUUAUCUUUGUAAAGUAGGCCACAUUCCAGCUACACAAAAGUCAGAUUUCUCCAUUCUCCACCCAGACAAACAAGAGGCAUUAUAAUUCACCCAUUUAAGCUACUGAAGGAGGUUGUGGAACAGAGCUGGCGAGGGGUGUGGCCUAGGGAGAGUUCCAAGGGUCAGUUAGAUUUUGUUCCUGGGCCUGUGGUUCCCCACCACAGGUUAGAUCAGAGCACAAAGGGAAUCCUUAGCACAUUUUCAAAUAACACAAAACUAGGAGGGAUAGCUAGAAGUAAGUAGAAGUAAGGAAUAUUAGAAGUAAGUAAUAACAUUUAAAAUGAACUUGAUAGAAUGGACUACUGUGCGGAAACUAAUAAAACAGAAUUCAGCUGAGAUAAGUGUGAAGUUCUGCAUUUUAGUGCAGGUGGCAGGGGGAAGCACUGCUAUAAGAUGGAGAAUACCUGGGUUAUUAUAUUUUUUUGCUAUGCCUAAUAAAGGAUAGCUAUUAUUAUAUUUAUAUUUAUACCCUGCCAUUUCCUCUGACCAGACUAAAUGCAGCUUACAGAUAAAAACAAGAAUCUCUAAAAACAUAGAAAAACUAUAACUAAAACAAUUAAACAUUAAUAGAAUAAAAACUAUAUACAUAUGUAAUGUCUGUUUAGUCUGUUUAGGUGUAAAGGUUUUUUGGGAUUCUAGUUGAUCAUAAGCUGAGUAUGAUUCAGUAGUGCGAUGUGGCUGAAAAAAAGGCUAAUGCAACAACAGCAACAACAAUUUAUUAAUACCCCGCCCAUCUGGCUGGGUUUCCUCAACCACUCUAGGCGGCUUAUAGCAUAUAUAAAAACAUAAUUUUAGGCUAAAGGCUGCCUUCAUAGAACCACAUUUUUCAUGCCAUGAGAUGCAACCUUUCCAUUUCAUUCUGCACUACUUAAACCUAAUGUGGAAUACUGUCGAAACAAAAUAAAAAAAUUCCUUCCAGUAGCACCUUGGAGACCAACUAAGUUUGUUACUGGUAUGAGCUUUUGUGUGCGUGCAAACUUCUUCAGAUACACUGAAACAGAAGUCACCAGACCCUUAUACUGUGUUUUGUUUUGGGUGCUGUGCUUUAAGAAUGUAAAUUUGGAAAGGGUUUAGGUGGGGAAGGCAACGGUGGUCAGCAAUAUUGAAAACAAAUCUUAUUAAAAAAUGAUUAAAAGAGCUAGAUAUGUAUGGUUAGUCUGAAUAAGGAAAUACAGAUGUGAGAUGUGGUGGCAUUCUUCAGAUACAAAAAGAGCUGUCACAUAAAGAAGGCAAAGACUUGUUUCUCUGCUGUUCCAGGGGACAGGGCUUGAUCUAAUGGGCUUUAGGGAGAAAUGUCUUCAUGGUAAAAGCAGCACAGCAAUGAAAUCAAUUAGCUGGAGGCAGGCAGACCCUUUUGGGAGGUCCUGAAGUAGAGGACAACUCUUCUCUUGGAGAUAUUCUAGCCCUGGAUUUUAAGGGGUUAGGGCUCAAUGGCCUACAAGACCCCUUCCAGCUCUGUGUGGUUGAUUCUGUGAUCUGGCUGCAAAAAUAUUUUAUGUAAAACUGAAAUAAUUUUACUUGGAUUAAAUAAUGUUACCCUUCAAGAUGAGGAACUAUCAAUAGCUAAAGAAACUUAGAACAUGAUUUUGUGGCAUUAGUGUUCACAUAAACGAAACCUUGAUUUGUGUUCUUUUCCUAUAUACAUAAAAAUGUAAAAUGUUGUCAUGCUCUGCAGCUCAUGUGGCCACCAAUAGUUGGCCAUGCCAACUGCAGCUUGAGGAAUAGCAGGUCAGCCCAUCCAAGUUGUUUAAUGGAGGGGUUGUAAAGCACCCUCUCUUCUUUUAAAUGUGUCUGCAGCAAGGUUCAAGGAAGGGUGAAGAGCCCAGCGGUUUAGAAAGUUGUUGUAUGAAACACCUCCCCUCCUGUUAAACGCUGCUGCAGGAAGGUUUAACUGGGCAGGGGAAACAGCUUAGCAAGCUGUUCUGUGAAGCUUACCCCCCAAAACAUUGCUGCAGCCAAGUUUAAUGGAAGAAGGAGAGGUGAGGUGUUAAUGGAGUGGGGUUUGGUCAUAUUUUUGGGGAGUAAUACACUCACCCACUCCCCACACCCCUACAGCUCUCUGGAUCUGAGAAAAAUAAGCUUUUCAAGAAAGUGGCAAGCUGUCAAGAACUGCCUGUACUUGAAUAUGGAACUUAUAGAUCUGUAUUCUAAUGCCCUGUGUAGUCAGCCACUACAUAGGUUGAAUAGUUCUUGUGGGGUGAAGUGGUUUUAUAGCAGAGGUGGCUAGCCUAUGGCUUUCCAGAUGUUGCUGAACUACAACUCCCACAGGGCCCAGCCAGCAUGGCCUGUGGUCAGAUCAUAGGUUUUGUAGUUCAGAAACAAUCAACCCUGUUUUAUAAGGUCUGCAGUGCAUCUCCUCUGACCUGGAAGAAAUGGAAAGGCUUCCAAGGAGCCUGGGUCUUCACAUGUGCAAAGUAAUACCUACGGUGCCUGGUUCCUGGCUCUCACCUAGCUGCUGCCUAAGGCCCAGCACUGGUAUGUAUUUAUUUCUGCUUGUGUACCAUGAUGCCUUUUCUUCAUAAAACAAAAGGGAAUCAUGCAAAACGCAGUCCCUCUUUAUGUGAAUGACAUUUCCCCAGGCUUUGAAUGAGGAGGUGGGGCAAUCUAUAUCUUGGACGGGAGGGGUGUACUCUCAUUGUCCCCUUAUCUCAGGAGGAUCUUGUGACUGGAAUGGCAAGAAUCCUACUGCCUAAAACCGACUACAGGAUUGGAAAUGGUGGUUUAUUGAAGCUGCCCACAGUACUGUACAUUCUCUCAGCUGGGGUGAAGUGGAGGGAGGCUCUUUCUGUUGCUCCUGUUUCACUGGUAGUAAAUGUCAUUUGCUUCUCGAGAGGUUGCAGAGAGCUUAACAGUGUCAUGGGAUCAUGAAGUCUUACUGGGUCUAUGAUACUGGCAUGAAUGUUUCUCUGCAAAAUCCUCUGAAAGGAAAUAAUAGAGUUUCCCUACUGCCGGUGCUGUCUGUGAAAUUGUGAAUUUCACAGACAACUACAAGCUCUCCUCUUUUGAGGAGAGAGGAUAAGGAUUAUUAAAGGCUUUGGAAGGGGGGCAAUGUAGACAUAUGUAUGGUCUAAAAUAGGGAAGAGGGGGAGAUAAGUAAAGGACAUGAAGGGGGGUAAAUUUUAAUUGCUGCUUACGAUUUGUUUCCUGAUUAAUCAAGGAAAGUGACAGCUUUGCUAAAGUCUAGCAAAUAUUUUAGGACUUGGCACUUCUAAAGAGCUUUGUAUUUUGCAGGCUGCAAAGGCAUACUAGGUAAACAUGCACCAGUAGCUUGUUAAAGUAUAUGUUACAUUUUUUUCAGAAGUCUUAAACUCUUUCAUUGGGUUUUACAGUAUAUGUGUGUGUUUAAUUUUAAUUGUUUUAAUGUCUUAAAUACAAACAUAUGAUUAAAAACGUGAUCCAUGGUCCCUGGGAGAAAGCUUUGUGUAGGCUUAAAAAAUGUUGACAUUUGAAGCUUUGGACCUAAUCUCUGGAGUACUGUACUGUAGUCUCUUGAAUAUCUGCAUGAAACCUGAACUGAAAAUGCUGCUUUUUGGAAGUCUGAUCCAAAAAUCCAGAGUGCUAUCUUUAAUGGCUCAAAUCAAGAGUAGGAAACAUGUGGCCUUCUAAAUGUUGCUGGACUGCAACUCCCAACACCCUUGGUUGUUGGGCAAGCUGUCUGAGGGUGAUGGCCAUCAGUGGGCCACUGGUUCCCCAUUCCUAGAUGGUAUGGGCCCAGGAUAUUAAAAGGAAUAUAUAAUUUCAUAUAGGUUCUUCCCCUACUCCUCUGCAGGAGACAUGUUUUGCGUGCAAUCAUUGUUUGGAGUUGAAGAACUCGGUAUGGCACCGGUGGACACCACAGAAUUCUCAGACAUUCUUCAUGGCAUGUGCCAAAGCACCCUUCCCUUCCCAAUUAAUUUUUUAAAAAUUGAGGCUUUUGCUUUUUACUGGUUGUUUGAAUGUGGGCUUCCUGGUUUUCUUUUGAUUUGGGGGUUUGCCUGCUCUCUCUUUUUGUCUGUUUUACUUCCUUUGGUGUGUAUGUGUAGGUGUUCUGCCUGUUGUGUGUGUGUGUGUUGGGGCUGUUCUUAGUAUCACCAGUUUUUCUUUUGUGAAAUAGGUAUUUUGUGGUGCCCACAAGCAUUUCUUAGAUUUUCAAAUGGGCCACAAGGCCUAAGAGGGUUCUAGAACCCUGGUUUGGAAGAUAAGUUUCACAUCUAAUAGAAAAAUAGCUUCCCCCAGCUACUGCACCUUCAUUGUGUAAUUCCCUCCCCAUGGAAAUUUCCUGAGUUUGCUGUAAACACAUUUUUAUUCUCCCAAGAUUUCUUAAAACUAAGAUUCUUUUUGUUUCAAUAUGAACUAAAAUGUUGGAAAUGUUUUUGUAUUGUAUAUUAGAAUCAAUAUUUUAUCACUCUUCAUACUUCCUUUGUGAGAUGUUUUAGAUGUUUGUAAAACAGCCUAAAAAUUUAAAUAUUUUUUUUUCCAUUUUUAAGAAAGCUUUUCUCAAGGCACAAAAAAUGCUUUCUACCAGGGUCUAGGGUCCCACAAACACUUAUUGCUAUUGAUGAUACCAGGUUUGGUUUUAACACAUAACAUGGAUGACACGCAGGUAAUAUCAUACCAGAGUAAAAUCUUCAGAUUAUUCCGUCCACGCUACACUGGCAUUCUCCUGUGAUGAGACAAUUCUGACAGUGUCUCUGUAGUUCUCUAGGACUAGUUCAGUGCUAAUUCUCUGCUUUAAUUGACUCCAUUAAACUUUACCAUCUAAUGUGCUGUGCUACCAAGACGAGGCCUGCAGAGCUUGGAGUAGAAGCUCAGUUGUGUGUAAGUGGCUGUGAAGAGCCCUCUGUGCACUGUAUGAAUAGGCCACAUAUCCAUGGAAACCAGAGCAGGCUGGCUGGUUGACCUUUGACCCACUUGUUGCCACCAUCCUGUUCAACCUUGGUAUGCCUGGAUUUGAAGCUCCAGUGUUCUGCCUCUUCACUUUUCCCAUGGGUUGAGAGGCCCUGUUGCCUUUCAGAGGCUUCCUGCAGCUCUGCCUAUGGCCACAACAUCAGUUUUUUCAGUCCUUCCCCCAGUGAGUGUAUCUUCUCCUCAUAGGUCAUACAGCCCUUUCAUUGCACAUAAGAGACAAGCUUUUCACUUCACCCAGCGGAUUUGAUAUUAAAUUUAAUAGCUGACCUAAUUUUGACAUGCAGCAGGGAUAGUUGCUGUGAAACCUUUGGAGGGUUUUUGUUUUGCCUUAGAAGUUAACAGUCAUUUGCAGGGAGGGCAAACAUUUUCUCUCAUUUGAGGCAAGUGCAAUUGAGCAUGGUAUACUGUCUUGUGAGGUGGGGAGGAAAAUCUAAAAACAAGGGUCUAUGCUGUCCAUAAUGGAAAACUGAGAGAGAGGCACACACACUUAUUUUCUUCAGGGUCUAAAUAUGAAUAACCACAGAGGCCCAAGGAUUCAGUCUAUUUGCUGUUGUUAAGGAAUGUAAGCGACUCUGCGGGUUUAUAACCUGGAAUUUUGCAUUUCCUCACACAUAACCCAAUUUGGAAAAGUUUUUCUUUUGUUGUUAUGCUUUUGGAAUUCACAGCUCUAAAACAUUUUCAUUCCUAGGGUUAAUAGUCCCGAGGCAGAGUGUCCUGCUAGAACUCUUGCAGCUGUUAGGAUGCAGACCUGUGAUCUGUCACGUUACAUCAACAAACAAACUGCAGUUUAAACUUUAGCUUGUAUCCCUCAAGGAGCAAAUAUGCUCUGCUGAAUUACGCCACCCUCUCCAAAUGCUUUAUUUAAUUGUUAAGGGUGGGGGUGAAAACCUGGUGACCCAGCAGCUAAUACUGUAGCUAUGUAAACAGGCAAAGAAAGUGCCUCUUGUGGGUGUGGGGGGUUGGGUGGUGUAAAGGCACUGAGGACACGUUUUAGGCUAGCUGCUUAAAAACAUAAUAGCUUAAUUUGCAAAGCUAUUGAAUUCCUAAUCACUUCUUUGUCCCUACUAGUGCACUGGAAAUUUAUAGGAAUUUGGUUGCAAAAUUAUGGCUGUUAUUUUAGAAAAUAGUGUACCAACUUUGCUUUUUCUGAAACUGUUUGUGUAAUAUUGGUUGCAUCCAGCUAACUUGCAUUUGUGAUAGACCCAUUGAAAUUAAUAGACCCAAGUUAGACGCAUCUAUUAAUGUCAGCAGAUCUAUUGACCGUUGUGUGACCAUUGUUGAAUACAACCCAGUAUCUUUUGCCAUGUCUUGAUAGUACUGUUGGUUUGCAUUUGUCCUUUGUUUUUGGUGUUAGGAAGGAGAAUGAUUUUAACUUGAAACCAUACUGUUUUAUUGCAACAUGCUCUAUGUAGACCAUUUAAAAACUUCUAUCAGAGCAGAAUGAUGCUGUGAAAAUUUAGACUGGUGCCAAGCAUUGAGAUCAUGUGACCCAUUUAUUAUUAUAUCAGCAGUACUGGCUGCCUGUUCAUUUUCAAGUGCAAUUCAAAGUUCUACUUAACAACCUUUUAAAGUACUUAACAACCUAGAACCAGGCUACUUGAAGGACCACUUCCUUCUAUGUGAACAUGCCCACCUUCGUAAGAUUGAUGAUGAUGACAUCAUGUGCUUGCCACUGCUCUCCAAGGCAUAGUUGAUGGUAUUGCAGAAAAGGGCUUUCACUGUGGUAGCACCUCAUAUGUAAAACACCUUGACUUUUCUCUUUGUGUUCUGCUGGCAUUUGAAGACAUUUCUUUUCCAGUUCAGUUCAAGUUUAUUGUUGUUUAAUUGUGAUUUAUUGAUUUAUUUAGCUCUGGCUUUCUGGGUUUAUAUUAAAAAUCAUUUUUCGGUGCGAGUGCAUGCAUUUGUAUUUUAAUUGACUGGAUUUGCUUUUUAUAUGUUGUGUUUUUAGCUGUUUUGAAUGCUCCAUUUGGAGAAGAAAAUGCUGGUUAUAAAUUUUAUUAUAAAGAGUGUUAAUACUCACUUUUUCUGCUGUUGGCUUGUUAAAGACUUGGGUACUUCUACACAAGACUUUUGGCAUGGAAUUGCCAAGGUUUGUUCACUCAUUUUUAAUGGGGCUUCCACAUAACACCACCAUCCAGUCAUUGUCCUUCUGUGUUUCCUGUGGUUUUCCCAUCUUUUCUUGGACUGCAUAAACUCUGGGUUUUUGUUUAGAAGACUGGAAGCUGGCGUGAUUUCUCUUGGUGUCUAUAGCCUUAGUGUGAUUUUGUUUAAUUGUUAUAAAAGGUUGGGAUUUCAACAUACGUAUUUGACAUUAUCAAGAAAUGAACCUAUUGCCACUCAGCACAUCUUCACACUUACUGGUUCUUAGUUUGAAAGAGUUAGCUUUCCUGUUGGUGCCAUGUCAUCAGUAAUAAUUUUUACCAAUUUUUUAAAUUACAUGCUUCCCUGGCAAUAUUUAAAAUAUAUUGAAACAUUUAUGUAAUAUCCCUUGAAAGAGUGUGUUAGUGCUAAUUUGAAAGAUGAUUUUAAAAAACCAUUAGCAGUGGUGAAUCUCUUUCCUCUGCCGGGUCAAAUAAAUAGAAACCAUGAUGUAUAGAAAAGAUGUAUCCAUAAAUGAAUGGUGAGGCUAAAACGCCAAGGACAUUUGGACAAGUGGUAGGCCUUUCUCCCCCAACAGCCAUUUUUGGAGAUGCAACCUCUCCCCCCCACCCCAAUUCAUCCCCCCAGCAACCAAUUGAGAUAUUUUAGCAACCAGUGAUGUUGUUUUCUCUAGUGAAUUAAACCAGUCCUAUCUACACUUCUGAUUUGAGGGCAGUUCUCACAGAAAUACCUUGCUUGGUGAAAUUUGUUAUAUUAACUUCCACUGAAUUGGUUUUCAGCCCUUCCCUCUAAACAAUUACAUCUGGAAAAGUGAUUCCAUAUUUCACUCAUGUACAGGGAUGUUGGGCAACUAAAUCAAACAAAUCUGGCAAGAAUUUGGGCAGAUUAAUUUAGUAUUCCUGAAAAAAAAAGCUCAGCUUCCUCCAAAGUCUUCAAGCAUUAUUGUUGCUGUUUGUUUUUUCAUACAGCGCUUCAUAGAUGUGCAUCUAAGUUAGGACUUGCAAUCUAGAUUUGAUUUGGGCAAGGGGGACAGUGGGGGGAGGGGAAGCAGGGGUAAACAGGGAAACCUAAUGUAAUUAUUUCUAUUAUACAUACAUAUUUCUUAGAUUAUAUCAGCCAGGUUACAUCACUUGAUCUUACUCUGCAGCAAAAAUGGCUAUUAUAAUUUAGAAUAGCACUAAAAAUAGAUGAGGCGUGGAAACUGGGAAGACCCAGCAAGACCCCAUAGGAACUGCCACCAUCUUCACUCACUAAGGGGAGUCAGUAGCAAUUUAGUAAUCCAGUUAUCCUCAUCAGCCAACAUUCAGAAUACUGUAAGCCCCAGGCACAUCUUAUCCUGAAAACAGUGUAAUUGAGUACAUAUUUCUUUCAGGAGACUGGCAGUGCAGGUUUCUGCCCUGCUUUCUAAAUAUUUCAUUGUUCCCCCUACUUCCAAACAGAACACUGUCUAUAGGCCCUGGAGAGCCUGUAAGUAUCACUCGUGAUAUAUAGGAAACCGUAUUUGGGAUGGGAAUGGGGGAAAACAAUGAUAAACUAUCUGAAAUAGUUUGCCUCCCUAUGCAACUCCCUGCAGUUACCCUGAAGGAUGGACAAUCCUCUUCCCCAGUGAUUUUUGUUGAAGCUGCCAGUAGGAGGUUUUUCUCUGCCCCCACUACUCAAGCGAAGUACAUUUAUUUUCACAGAGAACUGGCUUUUAUAGAGAGGUUUUUUUUCAACAAUUCCAAAAUCUAUAGUAUUGCCCAACUGUGAAGACAGAUAUGAGAGAAAUAUUAAAAUUGUUUGCAAAAAAUAAUAAUACUAAAUGUCACACAAUAUGAGAUGUGUGAAUGGUGCUUGUGAGUGCCUGGUCUACACAGAGAGGAACAUAUAUAAUCAGAUCCGAAUACCCUAGAUUAGGGUGUUUAAAACUAGAGUAAAAUUUGUUCAUGUCCAGAUAACCUCUACGCCAUGUGCGUAGCAAGGGCAGGAAAUCUGGUCAUUAACGUUUGUAAUUGGUUGUAGCAACUCUUCUUUUGUUUUUCCUUUCCUCCGCCUCCUGGUUUGCUGCAGGCUUCUUCCCCAAGAGAAGAGACUGCUGACAUGCAGUGACUACAGCAGUCCUGGGCAAGCCAAGGCCUGUUGUCUGCACCCCAUUGUUCCUGCCUAGGAUUGCAGGACCACUGGAUUGUUGUUUGAAUUGAUGAAUGUUAAUCCCCAGCUGAGGGGAAGCUAUUUGGCAAAUGGCAGGUUAAUGUGCAGACAGCAGGGUGCAUUGUACUGUGUGUGUGGCACAACAGCAUGUGGGAGAGAAAUGGUUAAAAUCCUUUUCAUUCCCCCACUUGCAGAGGAGGAGGGAAGGUAACAAGCAACCAGGGCUUGUUCUAAUCUCUCUGGAAUGUAACCAUUUUGAAACUUUUAUAGCUUCAAUAUGCCAUUAACUCUUCUUUUUUUUUUUAUACACACAUGGCUGUACAGUGAACGUCUGUUUGAGGCACAGUCUUGCACUUAGAGGGGUGCUCAGUUUUCCACACUGCCCCUGUACCAUUAGCUUAGUCUCUUUCCUUGUAUAUUUUUCGGAGUGUUUCCCCACCCCCACAUGCUGCCCUCUUAAAUUGUUUAAAAUGAGAAGGAGCCUUUAUACAACCUUCAUAGAGGCACCCCCGCCUCAUUCGCCAGCAGCUUCUCUGCUUACCAAAUGGAUUAGAAAGCCCCCUUUGUGACCAAGAGUGUUGAAGGGUGGAGCAUAAAAUAAACCAGCUGGAAAACGACAACACAGAGAACUUUUAAUUGGGUAGAACUUUCUGCACGUCUUCUGUGGGUAUUUUGGGUUUCAUGGCUUCUCAGCUCUUGCCAGUGCUUCCUAGAAAGCUGACUCACCAAAUGGGGUGGUGCACACUGUGUCCUAGUAGUUAUGGGUGGUGUGAGUGUCUUUGAAAAUGACUCUGCAGUAAACUGCAAGUGAGCUCACAUCACCACUCAAUGUUUGGAAACAGAUUGGAGCUGUACAGCAGCCAGAUCCAGGGACUUCCCCAAUCUAACCAGAUGCUUUGAUCUUCAGGCUUGGAGAGCAGAUCAAAGGCAGUCAUUUAGGAAACUACUUCUACUGUACUCAGAGCCCAGAGUGUACUGUAGGUCAUUGCGCUAGCUAGUUGGGGGUCAUGGGGCCAGCUGCAUACCAAACAUACUCCUUGUACAGAUGACAGCCCUGGCUCCCUGCCUUUUCCACAAUUGGCUGUUAUUGGAGCCUUGAAGAAUAAGAUCUGAUUACAGAUCCUCAGCCCAGUUUUAUGUAAAGGGCAAGAAUUCAACACUAGCUGUAUGAAUCUCGCAGUAACAUUUUAUUAUCACAGUUUUCCAGUGGGCAAAUGCAUCGUUUCCUUCUCUCACUUCAUUGUCCUCCUAAUGCAGGAGUGGGGAACUUGACCCUCCAGAUGUAGCUGGACUUCAGCUCACAUCAGCCCCAGCUGGCACGGCCGUGGCCAGGGAUGAUGGGAAUUUUAGUCCAGCAAACAUAUGUAGGGCUACAGAUUCUCCACUCUGUCAUAAAGUAAUGGCCUAAAGUAUUUGCUCCUUUCAUUCUGCCUAACUGUUAUGGACUGUACUCUCUUUUUAAAAAGAGCAUUAAGAUGAUUUAACAAUAGACAAAAAUGCAAUAAAAGCAUAUAAAUCAAACUUAAACAAUUGAAAAACCAUUUCCAGAAAUACCAAAUUAGUAGUAGGAGAAGGGCAACUUGGAAAAUAUACUCUGUAAUACUAACAAUAAUAGUAUGUGAUUUGAGCCACCGUGUAUUGAGAACUUUCUUUAACCACACACAUCUUGAGGUAGGGAUUCGGUUGCAUGGAUACAUUCCACAGUUUGUGCUUUUGUGUGCAGAGAAUUAUAUAUAUACAAAAACUGCUGGAACAACUGGGUUAAAGCAUAAGAUGUACAAGUAGUGUCUGUGCCCAUGUUGAAUUUCCAUACUCUACAUGGGAAUGUAUGUAGGAUUAAAAUUGAGUUAUGGUUUAACAUUCACAAUAUACCUUCUUAAGGCGAGUGAGUGAGUAAACAGCACAUAGCAAGUAAGCUUUUGAAGGACUAUGGGAUAAUAUUUGGAGGCUGCCAGAUUAUAUGUAUUUACUUUUUAUGAUUGUACAGCCAGACAUCUAGCUUCUGUAAAUCACUGCAGUGAGUGAAUUAGGAGAACACACAUACAGUUGUGGAGACUAUCUCCUUAAACCAGAGCUUUCCAAAUUUUCAUGUUGGUGACACACUUUUUAGACAUGCAUCAUUUCGCGACACAGUAAUUCAGUUUUACCAGCAAACCGGAGAUUAAACUAACCCCUUUUCAGCCCCAAGAGGAGUGAGGGGAGCGUUCAUGCAACACACUUACACACUGCAGCCGACACACUAAUGUGUCACGACACACAGUUUGGAAAGCUCUGCCUUAAACUUUUGCAAACCAGUGCUUACAAGUGUCAAUGGUGCCAAUUUUAUAUGAAUAAGGUCUAAUUAAUGCAGUAGCCUGCAUUGUCUUUUUCCUGAGGGAAGACAGGUUUUGUAAAAUGUGAACAGUACUCUUUAAAUAUUUUCCAGAGUUUUCUGUCUCGGGAAACGUUCCUCUUGGCUCACAGGUGGCAGCGGCUGCUGUUACAGUUGUCUUUUCCUUCUUUCAGGGCAAGGGCCCUCGCUUGUAUGUUUCAUUCACUUGUGCUAUGGAGUUGUUAGUUUUGGCUAUAUUCUGCUUUGAGUUUGGAGGCUCAGUUUUACAGUUAAAAUGUAAAAGGUUGAAGGGAAACAGUUCUGCAUUGUGGGCAAGACUGGUCUGUCACAGUGGACUGUUUGUAUGUUUUAUAGGAAUGAGAUAAGCUCUCUUCCUGUUCCAUGUCAAACGUACACAAAUCCUGCUUCCUUUGUCCAAAGGUGCUUGGUAUAUUGGUUGCCUUCCAAUUUUUUGUUCUCAAUCUCCAAAGCGGGGGGGGGGGGGGGGAGAGAAUCCAGAAUCUUCUGUGUUCGGAAACCUUUGGCAAUUGCUCUUUAUUUUAAAAUGUUUGCUCUGUUCCUGCAGAGGAAUGUGAAUCUGGCCUGGAUACGGUGCAAAUGUUAGCAAAUAAAGCAGCCUUCCAUAGGAGCUCAACGCUGCUGUGGAGGUGUUAACUAUAUCUUUACUACAUCUCAGAAGUACAGAGAAGUCUUUGUCCACUACAAACCUUAGAAAAGCCCAAUAUUCACCUUUCUGGUAGGCUGCGUUAAAUCAGAAAAACAGGAAGUUCCAACACAUCAUGCCUCCUAUUAAUCAGUCAGCGUAGCUGUACCAUUCUUUUCACGCUCAAGCACCAUAACAGUCAUCAAGCUUCUCAGUACACACAAUAGCAUUUAUGGAGUAAUAUUGGUUGUAUAAUUUUGCUUGGGCUGGAGUUGAACAUUGUGCAUGUUCUCUCUUGACGUUAUGUCACAGCCAGAUCAUUGCCUGAAGAUGGCAGGGAUGCAUACAUUGUAAGGACAAUGUCAGGAGCAUUCAUAUGUCUUAUGCGCUAUAACUCAACCCAAACCAGAUGUUUUUGUCAAACUCCAUGGCAUGUGUAAUGUUGUUUGGGUCUUGGGAACAUUUUACAGCCAUGCAUAUUUGGCCUUGGACUCGCUUCCUUUUUGCAGAGGAAAAUGCAUAUUUCUGCAUCUUCUUCCAAAUUUCAGAUUACAGGAACAGGGUGUAUGGAUAAAUAUUUCACCCUGCAAUGUUUUUCAGUGUUUCUCCUUCUACUAAGUAAUAGACAUCACAGAAUACAGUAGAAGAGAAGAAGAGUUUGGAUUUGAUAUCCCGCUUUAUCACUAGCUGAAGGAGUCUCAAAGCAGCUAACAUUCUCCUUUCCCUUCCUCCCCCACAACAAACACUCUGUGAGGUGAGUGGGGCUGAGAGACUUCAAAGAAGUGUGACUAGCCCAAGGUCACCCAGCAGCUGCAUGUGGAGGAGCGGAGACUUGAACCUGGUUCACUAGAUUACGAAUCUACCACUCUUAACCACUACACCACACUGGCGGAGUGAUGUAAAGAACAAAUGGAGAGUGUAUCAACGUCUCUCUGGUGACCCUAAUCAGAGUGUAAAGGAAUGGGUUCCCUUUGUCUGUAGCAGUUGCAAAAUAAUCAUCCUCCCAUUGCUUUCAGUAGAUGGCCGUUUAAUACGGGAGAUCCACUUUGACAUAAUUGAACUUCCACUUGCCCUCCUAAAUAUCAGAUCACUCGGGGUCUGAAGUUUGAAGCUUUACUUAAGCCUUUACCUAGUUGACCUUUGCUCCAAGGGAAGCCACAUUUGUCCCUCUCCCAGUCUAGGCCACUUCAUUCUUCAUGGUACAUUUUGGAGUUUUAUUUUAGGUUAAGGUAAGUGGAAUAAGAAUAUAUGGGGGAAAUACUGAGAAAUAACUAGAAACACACCUAGGCUACAAUUAAAACUUCCCCCAUCUGAUUGUGGAGAGAUGGAACGUCUGUUACAGCCUCUUCCACCUAUGCCCUGUGCUGAUUCAAGAUGGGAAGCCCUUGCUUCAACUCCCAGAUAAUCUCCUGUCCAGCCACCUGAUUUUCUGGACUUUUUUCAUGGGUCAGCCCAAAGGUUAUUUGUUCACCCUUUCAGUAAGUUUCUGAUUCUAGGCUUGUUGCAUCAUUACAACUCUUGUCUUUUUCCUGCUUUUGUCCCAAUACACAGAGUGAAACCAGAUGGAUCAUUAGCUUGGCCUCUGGACUUUUUAUGCCUUUCCUGGCACAGUGCAGUGUGUGGAGGGUUCUUGCAAGAGGGUGAAAACUAUUUUUGUUUUUUUUGAGUGCUAGCUAUCCUUUGUAUAACCCUAGAUGUCUCCUAAAGCAUUGUGCAUAUACAAGGAUGUGCUGAUAUGUUUGUCUUUUGCAGCCCUCUCUCAUUUUCCACAUAGUUUCUUGCAUGAAGGUGGGUACUGUUAGGGAAGAGGGGUUCAAAAGGGGUCAGAGCCACAUCAAAAAUUUGCUCUACCUCAUUUUUCUUCUGCUAGAAAGGCCUGUAUAUUUUUAAUUAAUUAAAAGCAUUGAUAAAAGGCUUAAUAUUUCAAAAAUCUCUAAGCAGUGUAUAGCCUAAAACUCAAUAAAGCGGCAGUGUAAAACACAUAAAAGCAACUAAAGCAAAUUCAGAGGAAUAGUCUAGGGUGAGCUGCAGUUGUGGUGGGUGGCAGCAUUGGCACAACAGCAGUGAUCCCUUUACUGCAUUUCAAGCAAAAAGUGUCUCCACAACCAAAAAAGGAUAACUUGUACGGAUUGUAAAAUAUUGCUGUUAUUGAUUCAACUUCUUGUUACUUGUUUCAUUUCAUUUUUUAUCUCAUGAGCCAAGCAUCUCAAUGGGAGAAAUGAUUUUAUUGGAGGAAACUAGAUCUAGUUCCCCAUACCUGGCCUAUUUAGUCCAUCCUCCUGCUCUCAUUGUGGCCAGAUUCCUAUGGGAAACCUGCAAGCAGGACACAAACACAUCAGCGUUAUCUCCACUUGUGAUUCCCAGCAACUGAUACUGAAAGGCAUACUGUCUCUGGCACUACAAAAGUCAGCGUAUAUUACAAGCACAAUUUGUUGUACAGGAGCACUAUAAGGUAUGAUGAUGAUGAAGAAGAAGAUGAUGAAGUUCUAUGGGCAGUUCACAUCAUAAAAGCCCUAUUCCCCAUAGAGCUAGAAUUUCAGAGUGGUUUAACAGUCCUUUGACGGGAUACUCUGGGAAUUGUAUCCCUAUGAGGGGAAUAUUGGUCUAUGCACAACUCUCAGUGCCCUUAACAAUCUACAGCUUCUUUUGUGUUUGGGGAAAGCCCUGACUGCUUAAAAUGAUAUAGCGAUUUAAAUGUAUAGUGCGAGUGGUCUUUUGGAUGGGCUAGGUGGCAGGACAAAUGCAGCCCAUCUGAUGAAGCAAAACAGCUUUUGCUUCUCUUGUAUUGUUCUGUGAUUGCCAAACUUAAGCUUUUCAGAAGAUAGUGGCCUUCUUAGGAUUGAAUCUGUUCCGAUGGCCUGUUGUAACAGAUCAGCACUUAUUCAUCACGUUCUACUUGCAACAGAUAGUAGAAAUAUAUGUUGGAGGAAAUGUGAAGGUUUGUUUUAAGUUGAAGGGUUAAUCUUCCAUUUAAAUUAUUGGUUGUUCUGCCUCUAAAUAGAGCAUGCUGGGAUUUCCUUCCAGCUGUUUUACAUCAUGAAGAUUUGUGUGCUAGGGAAAUUCCAGAGCACAGCUGCAACUCAUCCACUCCACAUUCCCAAAUCUCCACAUUUCACAGGACAUACUGCGUUCAGCUAUAGGGCAUGGAAUAAUUUUCUUCCUCUGCUAAAAACACAAAAUACCUAGUAAUUCUAAGAUGCAUUAUGUCUUACAGUUAGAGGAACUGCUUGUGUGAGAGAUCCAACGGUGCAAGUUAAUUUAAAUUGCUUUAGUAUUCUUGCUAGCAAAGUGUCGGGAAAAUAAAAUAAAAAUUCCAUGUUAGCACUACAUUGAAUCUGGUCUAAAUUAAAUUUAGUGCUAUGCUGUAUUAAAUGUCAGUGUUUUAAAAAACAAAACUGGCAGAUUGUUUUACAUAGUUUGUGUUAAAAAAUAAUCAACUAAAUACUUUCUGGAAAAUCACGUUUAUUGUCUUUGAGAUACGGAGUUCCCUAAUCUUAAAUUCUGUGGAAGCGCCAACAUACACAAGAAUUUGCUGGAUCAUUGUGUUACACUCACAAUACUUGUGCACAUUCACAAGACACUGUGCCUGUACUCAGAAGCCCUGUUGAGUUAAAUGGGACGGUAUUAUUAUCAAGUUAGUGUCAGUAGCUCAUCUACACCAAUAUUGCUGGGAAUAAGUUUGGUUAUAUGCUCCCCCUUCUUUCUUCCUUUACACUUCCAUCCUUAUCUUGCAAAUCUCUCUGUGUAUAUUUGUGUAUGUGUGUGUUAGUCAGCAUUGCUGAUCAAUAAAUCACAGAUGAGCAAGAAGGUAAAAAACAAACAAACAUCAGCGGCAUUUUAAUUGUGAAAUUGCCUUAAUGUCAUUGCAUGUGGAUUACAUAUUUUAGACACAGUGUUAUCUGCAACAUUUUAGACCUUCUUAAUAUAUGGAGUUGGGCCAGUCACAUUUUUUCUUUCCAAUCCAGUGUCCGUAGCUUGUGUUGGAAGAAGAAACCAUAUGAUCUGAGCUUCCAUAUGCUACCAAGGUGAUCUGGGAGGCAACCAUAAGAGAUUUCCCAUUACUAUGAUGCCAUCUUUGUGACCUGUGAGAUGGACUAAAAGUGCAUCAUAACUAGUGAGGAGGUUUUUGAUAUGAAAAACAUAAUCCUGCGCUUCAAGCCUUUUUGUAUCUGAACAAUGCUGAAAGUUGCAUUUGUUUGGUUUCUUGGGCCAUGAAGUUAUUGUGAAAUCUGUUGUCAAUUUGAUUUUUUGUGGCUUUAUCUUCUUUAUUUCAAUAUCUUUCAGUAUCUGCAGGUAAAGUGGCCACUUCUAGAUGUACCAGCUGGAGCUACACUAAAGGAUGCAAGGUCGCCCUCUCCUGCACACUUGGUAAGUGUUUGUUGCUUGGUUUUGCGUUAACCCUUCCUGGUCAGACAGUAUCUAUAGGAAUACUCUUAUGCAAACUAAAAAAAGUUGGAGGAGUUUCUGCCUAAAGGAGAGAAAAAGAAGACUGUUGAAAAUCAGAAGGUUUGUCAGAUUAGAAUCACUAUCGUUGUUGGAUCUUGACAGUAUUAGGAGCUUGCACAAAGAUACAGAUACAACAGAAAAGCUGAAAACACUCUUCUUCAGCGUCUGCUUUUGUUGAGGGAGCACCCAAAUCCUGAUUCUUUAGGGAUAAAAGAGAAUGUCAGUCUAUAGAAAAGCUAUUUUAAAUUAAAUUGUUAAGUUCUGCCACCAAAUAAUAAUUCAAGAAAUUAGAAGAAACAAAAAAGUUGUUGUUGAACUAGACAUUUGGGUGAAUAUUCAGGGUUCUUUUGCAGUCUUUAGCUGUUUUUUUCAAGAGCCUGUAUAGUACAAGGUACCAAUGCUUAGUAAAAGUCAUUGAAAACUUAUAAUAAGUUGCUAAGCAUUCAGGUUCCUCUUUUGUGAUAAUCAUUUCAGUCUCUCUCUCUCUCCCCCCCCCCGCCCCCCGCACUUACCACAGAGUAAGGUAGAAUAGACAGAACCUGAGUUUCCCAUGUGAAAAUAAUUGAUGACCAUUUCUCAGCAAUAGUUAACUUCAUGGGCUACUUUUAAAGUUAGCACAAGUAUUCAAAAAGAGUGAAAACUGAGGCACUUCAUUCCCAAGCCGUGAUACCUUGACUUAGGCUUUGGGAAUUCAUGAGGCAAAAACAUCACUGGAAGCUUUGUUUGAAUGAACGAUAAAAGCCACCCCUCUAUUCUCAAUAUAAGUGAUAUAAAGUACCUUUUAGUUCUCCCGCAGCCCUCUUGCGCCAAUCCUCACAGACAUUAUUUGCUUGCUUGUUGUAUCCACUACAGUUGCAAACCUGUUGACAAAUGCAGUCCAUGCAUUUAUGUUGAGAGAGGUGUUCCCAGCUGUAGUCCAUUGCCAAUUAAUCUAAAAUCAAUAUAAAAAAGUAAGCGAAACUUUUUGAGAAAAUUAAUAUUACUGAUGUUUUACUGUGGAGAAAGGAUGGGUACAAAACUUUCAAAUUCUGCCUUUAAAAAGAGGGGUUUGAAAAGUUGAUGGCUUGAUCCAACCAAAACAACAACAUCAACACCCUUCUUGAAGGGUGAAAAGAGGCAUACUCCCCAUUCAGGCAACCCAUAAGCUUCGCUAGUGAAGCAGUUUAUUUCAAAAUUCUCCAAGUCCACAUUCAUUGGCCUGAGUUUGUCUUGAAAGACUACUUUAUCAUCUUCUGCAUAAAUGCAAUUUAUAUUGCAACCUGUGCCUAUGUGCUAUUCUCCUCCUGAUCCAAUAAAUGAUAUAGAUGGGGAGGCAUGCAACUACUUGCUUGGUUGAUUUUUUUUAUCACUGUUUCCCUUUUCCCUUUUUCUGGGAAAGUGGGAUUGAACCAUUUUCACACCUUCAACUCCCUAUUUACUUCAAAAUGUUGUAUUUGUUUUAUGCACACGUCUACCACCACUGUAGCAGACAGAACCGAUAAUUAAUUAAUUAAUUAAUAUUGUAUACCACCCUUCGUCCGAGGAUCACAACGCAGUUGUGAAAACACAAAAAUUGCAUACUAUAGUAACAAACAAAAACAAUGCCUCCCCCCAAUACAAUUUAAAAAGCCAUAGGAGAUAGUGGCUUCUGCACUUAUAAUGGGCAUCUGAAGCACUGGCAAUGAAGAUAGGCUUACUCAGGUCACCUUACAGUCCCUUUUUAGUGUCAAGUGGUGGCAGUUAUUGUGAGCAAGACAACCACAGCAGACUGAUGACCAAAACGGUACAUGAAUUUAAUGCAGUAUCAAUAAUUUCCUUAUAAAUAAGCUGAUUAGAUCAAAGUUUUCAUUCAUACCAUUUAAAUUUAUUUUUUGUAACAUGGAAAUCUAAACAUGGUUUUUGCUGACAAGCUGAGCUUCCUCUUUAUGAGUACAUAUGUGGAUCUGUUCGGAAGCUAUGAACUUCAUAUAUUCUGUUAAUGGGGUCUCCAAUAUUCUUGGUUCUAAUUCUACUUUUAUAUUCACACUGAUUUGUAAUCCUGGUGCUCUGCUCGUUUGUUCUACAUAUACCAAGGAGCAAGGGCACACAAUCUCAUAUUUUACAUUAAUGGGUUGGCACGUGGUAGAAUUUCUAAGUGUAAAGACCUUUCCAUAUUUAGGAUUGUGGAUUGUUUUAGUUACUGAGAUUGUGCACAGCCGGAACACUUUCCACACCUAAAAUCACCACUUGUAAUAGGUCCAAUCCCGCCAUGAACUAAAUCUUAAUGUAAAGUUUUACCUUUUACAUUGGGUGAUCUACGAUAGCUUAUGAUAGGUAAAGCUUGAGAAAUGUGGAACCAUGUUGGCUGAGUGGGUUUCAAAAAGAGAGUUCAGAGUGGGAGUGGAGGAAGAGGAGUGUUUGUAUGAAGGGGAAGAACAUGUAAGUAUGAAAGUUCAAUAUGCAUGUAAACAGAAAUGUUUUCAGGAGGUUUAUUCCUUGAUCAUAUAAUGGCAUAUUAUUGGCAGUUUGAGGAUAAUGUAGCUUGCUUUCUUGAGUGAUUUGGUCUGAAAGAGUUUUGAGGUUUUUGCUGUGGGUUUGCUUUAUUGGCUCACUCGCUUGAGGAUUCUACUUUGCAUUGGUUUUGAGGUUUCUGCUAUGCCAGUGGUUUUCAACCAGUGUGCCGUGGCACCUUGGGUUGCCUUGAAUGAUCGUCAGGGGUGCUGCAGGGCAACACUGGCCUCUAUCCCUCUUUCCUUCCCUCCCUCCUCUUUUGCCCUCUUGCGUCUCUGCCUUCCAAAGGCUUGCACAGCUGUUUGUUGCAACAGCCCUGGCUACAUGCUCCCCAGGUGAAUGGUGCCUCUGGUGUUGGCCAAGGGGUGCUGGUUGCCAGGAGCUGAGGUGGCCUUUGGAGUAAGCAAGCAGAUGAGUGAGGGAGCCCAGCCAGCCUGCCAACCCUUGCUGUUGGUAACGGACAAACAAGUCCCAGGCCCCUGUGGGGCAGUGUGAGGAGGCACCUCUCUUUGGGACGGGGAGCAUCUCAGAGACCAGGGGCGGCAGCUGUGGCUGCCCAGAGGACUCCCAAGGAGAUGGGAGAGGAGGCUGAUGAAACACUCCCAAAGGGAGGGUGUUCGAAAAAGGGUGAGAGGCUGACAGCUCUGCAAGCAAGCGGUGACAUAAUGGGGCUCCUGAGCCCCACAGGGGUGCCGCAGAAAAAUGUAGUUGAUCAAGGGAGCUGUGGACUCAAAAAGGUUGAAAACCUCUGUGCUAUGCAGUUAACAGAUUGUCUUUUGAACUAGGAACGCUCAACUAGGCACUUUCCCAUCUUUAAAAUUGGUAAAUUGUUGACCCAGUAUCAGGAAUCCAUGUUUGCUUGGUGAUAGGAAAGUUGGAAGCAUAUAGAUAAAUGCCACAUGGCAUAUAUGUGUGGACAAACUAUUUUCAUUGGCUUUGCUGGCUCCCUCGGCCAACAAAGCAAGAUGAGCGCUGCAACCCCAGAGUCGGCCACGACUCGACCUAAUGGUCAGGGGUCCCUUUACCUUUACCUUUACCAUUACUGUCAUAUAGGGAUUGUUUGUCUCCUUGAAAAUCAUAUUGUUGCCUUAUGCAACCUUCUUGAGAAAGCACAAGUAUUGACUACAUUGUAUUGAAACUGAAAUUGCACAAAUUCAUGCUGCAUACUUGCACUUGUUGUUGGCAUCUGUCUGUCUUGAGACAGCGGAGUGUGCCUCUGGGUGUGAAGUCAAACCACUGUGUUAGCAGCACCAAAGUGACCUCUCUGGGGGGCAAGCCUGGGCAGGGUGUAUGGAGGUCCUGGGCUGCCCAGAUGACAAUACCCCACUUUCAGCCUUCCUGAUGUGGUCCAAAGGAAAGCAGAGCAAUAUGUUUGGCACCAGCUUGGCUGCAGGAGUUUAGAAGGAAGCAUACAAGGUGCCAUCUAGCUGUCUUAGGGACUUCACUCCAGAUUUUUAUAGGGUUCACUCCUUAGCCUUUUCUUCUCCUGAAGAUGUCCCACAAGGUAGCAGGUGCAGAUUUUUCCUCAGGGUUCCUGAAGGCUUUUUCAUGAAUGAGUAAUAGCUGCAAGGCAGCAGAAGUUUUCCUUCUACCAGAUGGGCUACCUUCCCAGGUUGAUGAGCCCGAUCUGCCCCUCAUUUUUCACUACAGCAUGUGCAGUUACCUCCUUCUUGACCGUUGGGCCCACUAUUGGUCUUGUCUGCUCAAUCCACUGGAGCCUGUCUUCGCAUACAGGGGAAGUCCCUAACUCACCAAGGGUUUGAGACCCACAGACUACCCUCACCUGGUUUAGUAGGCCAGUCAAAGAUGUUUCCCAGGGUGUGGCUGCUGUUGCAGGCUGACAGUUUCUAGGAGACACAGGUGAGAGCUGAGUGCAGGGUGGGGACCAAAGGUGGACAAACUACUCCAGAAGGAGCACAGUGUGCCCCCUAACAGAGGUACUACCCCUCCCCUAAAACCCUUUGCACCCUUUGUCAUUAGUAAAGUUGUAAUAAUAAAAUAAUCAUUAGGAAAUUUGUAAUAGUAUGGAGAAACCCCCAUCACAGGGAGAUUUCGCAGUAGUUGUUACAGUCAUGGCAGUCACCUUGAGCGGCACAAUUCUGGAGUUGUGCAUGUCUUUUGGCAUGGAUCCCGUUUCGGAGUACUGCAAGAGAAUAGUUACUGAGGGAUAUUCAUUUUGUUUUAUUACAAUUACUUGAUUAGAUUACCCUCUCUUCACUCAAAGAGCUUUAGAAACAGCUUUUAAAAAUUAAAAUGAUAAUAAACAAUGUCAGUAAAAUGAUUGAAAUUGUUAAAACAAAACAAACGAAACCUACUGCAUAAAAGAAAAGUGAAACUAAAUAUUUAAAAACAUUUGCAAAUAAAAGGGCCUUUACUCAGCAUUGUAAGGGCAUUGUACCAGGACUGUCUUCCUGGACAGAAACUUCCAAAUCAAGAUACCACCACUGAAAAGGUCCUAACUUUGGUCACCACCUGCCUUGCCUCCAAAGACAGAUGAAUAUGGUACAGAGCCUGCAAAAACCAUCUCAAAACCUAGGCAUGUUCAUGCAGUAGAAGGUGUCUUUUAAAGUCCUGAGCUACUUUGGAUUUUGAGAACCAGUACUGAACUGUGCUCAGAAGUGGACAGAGUUGUUUCAAGACUGGUAUAUUGUGUGCUGUUCAACCCUUGCUGGUCAUUGACCGUAUUAAAGAUAUUUGAAUUUUUGCUGUUCAACCAGUUUUACAGUGUGCUAGUAACUGGAAAGCAAAAGUUCUUCCAUCAUAUUCUAUACAGUUUUUGUCAAAUGACCCAAAUUUUACCAGGAGCAGGUUGAUUUAAAGAGAAUGAGUAUUGCAGGUUAUGAUCCUCAUUUUCUUUUGUAGGUGGAACAUUAAAAAAAUUAUACUUCAGUUCAUCUCCAGUUGUAAGGAACCUGUAUAAAGUUCUUCCCAAUUUUUUGUGUCUGGUUUCAUGAUUUUCUCAUGAAGUGAUUUUAAGGUCUCAUUUUGAGUUCUACUCCUGGAUUGUGCAGGAGAAUUAGGGGAUAAUCUCCAGAGCAGGCCUGGUACAGAUUAGGAAAGGUAUGGACAAGUUCAAGAGGAUGCCAGUGAGGUUCAUGAGCAAAGUAGAGGAGACACUGAAAGCCAAGAAGGCUUGCACCUUUAAAAAGUGGAAGUCUUGUCCAAGCAAGGAGAAUAAACAGGAACACAAACUAUGGCAAAGUAAAUUUGAAUUAAUAAGACAAGUGGAAAAAGAAUGUAUGCAGUUGAACCACUAGAUGACAAAGGAGUGAAAGAAUUGCCAGAGGAGACUAGCCAACAUAACAAAUUUUAAAAGGGAGUUGGGGGAAGCCAGGAUAUUACAGACUAGUGAGCAUAAUGUCUGCUUGAAGUACAUUGUUGGAAAACAUUAAAACUAGAAUUAUUAAGCACACAGGAGGACAAAUGUUACUGUGGAAGAAUCAGCAUGACUUCUACAAAACCCGGCUCAUCAAACUUUUGGAAUUCUUUGAGAGUAUGAAGCAAAUAAAUAGGGCUGAUCUGGGAUCUGGUAGACGUUAUAUGACUGUGUCCCUUGUCAAAGCUCCUGAAUAAAUUUAGCAGUCAUGGGAUAAUGGAUUUGUAAUUGGCUAAACAGGAAGCAGAGGACAAGAGUAAAUGGACAGCUCUCACAAUGGAGGGAAGUAAGCAGUGGAGUUCUCCAAGGAUAUAUGUGGGGACUGGUAGUAUUUAACUUGUUCAUAAAUUAUCUGGAGUUGGUGGCAAGAUUCAGGAUUGUGAAAACCUUAGUGGAUUGCAAGAGGUCCAGAAGGAUCUCUCCAAACUGGGUAAUUUUGUCCUUUAGAAAAGAAUUAGAUUACUGAUUUUAGCUGAAUAAAACCAUUCUUUGCCAUUUUGAAAACUUAAACAUUUACUUUAUAUUUAAUACAUGACAAAAUACUUUGAAAUGAUAUAGCCCAUUUUAAUAGUGCACACAUCCCUGCCAAGGCUGAUAAUGGACAUUCUACCUGAGAAAAGUUCUUCUAUAUUAUUACAGGAAGUGUGGUAUGAAUAAAAGUUACUUAUUUCUCUUCUCAGCUGACUAAGGUAACAGAAGAUUUUGAAACGCAACUAAAUUGUGCAUUAAAGUCCUGCUUUUCUCUUGUAGUCAAACAAAGUUCCUGUAGUGCAGCAUCCACAUCAUAUGCACCCGCUGACGCCACUCAUCACCUACAGUAAUGACCACUUCUCGCCAGGUUCACCACCUUCCCAUCUCUCCCCUGAAAUUGACCCUAAGACAGGUGAGUUUUAAGAACGUGUGGAAACACCUCCGCCCCAGAAAAACCCCACCCAGCAUGUGGUAAAUUGCCAGAUAAUUGUUAACUAGAUAGUUAUGAGAAUCGAAGCAGAACAAAGUCAAAAGACGCAUGCAAGUUUAUUGAACGGUACAGUGUGAAAUUCCUGGGGGAAAACAUGUUUAUAUUUUCUAAAUUCAGGUAAGGUAGGAUUCCAGUUAGAAACUGAAAGUUGGACUGGGGGCAUCACAACUGUGUUAACAUCCAUUGGUUUUUUUUCCAUCACCAGGAAUUCCACGACCACCUCACCCUUCAGAGCUGUCUCCGUAUUACCCAUUGUCUCCUGGUGCCAUUGGGCAAAUUCCUCAUCCCUUGGGGUGGCUCGUACCACAGUAAGAACCACCAGUUUAAAUCUAUUCAUUUCUUGCUCCCCUGCCCAGUAGGAACGGUUCCUCUCUGGUCUUGUGGAAAUCCCCCCCCUUUUUUUUAAAUGAUCAGCGAGCAUCUGAAAUAACUUUCUGUUGCAGUUCCAUAAAACCACAAUCUCUGGUUCUUAGCUCUUCAUCUGCUCAAGGGACCUCUAUGGUUUUUGCUUUGUUAGGAUGAGUCACAUGCAUAAGGUACUAAACCUUAUAGAUUAGUAUGAUGAGCUAGAUUUUAUUUAUUUACUUAUCACAUUUGUAUCCUAUGCUUUCUUCACCCAAUUGAGUAAUUGAAGAUUUGAAGGUUCCAAAAUUCCCUAGAGCUUUGGAACAGCACAGACUAGGCCAGCCCAGUCCCUUAUUCAUGGGAAAAAAUGAUUUCUGAUCAAGAGCAUUUAGAGACAAAGACUACUUUGCUAUAUUUUCACAUGGCUAGUGGUCUUUCUAUUGCCUUCUACAGGUGUUAAUUUUCAAAUUACUUAUCUGUCAAAAAAGUCAUUAUUUUCCUGUCAAUAAAAAUGUCAGAAGUUCAUGUUGGGUGAGGAGGAAGUCACUAGUUUUGUUGAAUUAGAAUAUAAUUGUUGAGUAACAAAUGUAACUUUCUAUAUGGAAAAAAGAAUAAAAUAUUAUUAUAAAAAUGUUAGAAGUGACCAUUAAGUGGUGGUGUUUUUUUUAAAAAAAAUAAUGGUAAGUUUUGAGUCUGUUGCAUCAUUUCUUUUGUUUUCGAUUCAAGCUUUCCCGUGCUCAUCCACAUGUAACAAAAAUGGUACUACUCAUGGAGAAGAGGGAGGUAUUGGCAGUCUCAGGGUUACUCUGAGGUUUGCAGGAAUAUUAAGAAAAAUCUUCAGUGAGGAAAAAAUAAUCAAGGGAAGGACUCAUUGGCCAUGGGAUACUAACUGACUAAAAGGGAAACAACCCGAAAGCUUGGGAACCAGGGAGAAGGUGGAAUUAAAUGGAAUGGAGUAACUAGAAAGGGAGAAAGAGGCAUAGCUUUAUGAAAAAGGACAGAAUAAACAAUUUAAUAUGGAUAUUUCCUCGUUCACAGUGAGAAACUAUUUUUAAAUGCCUCCAAGAAAGGAUGUGAGACAUGUUCACUUUAAAUCAGUGGAGAAAUCCAAUAUUUUGAUGUAUCUGUAACUGAGUGUGUUGCUCAAUGGGGAGACACCAUAAAGUGUUAAAAGACAGUGCCCUUAUUCAGAGUUCCAUGAGUAUUCUGUGCAUGUAUUCCUUUGCAUGUAGGGAAUGACCCCCUUCACUGAAGUGAAUAGAGUAUGUAUCUGUGGAAGCUCUGUAUGUGUAUUGGGCUUCUCAUAUUUUCAAGGAGUCCUUGCCUGGAUCUGAUAGUUGUUUUAGCAAGUGUUUGGAAUAAAUUACGUAAGUGUAUAUAUGUGUCAAUGUAUAUGUUCACUUACUUGGUAUAAUAAGUUUUGUUUCCAAAAUUCAGGUUUUCAGUUAGCUUGUCAUUUCGGCCAUGGAAUGUGGUUGUGGAGAGGAUUGAAGUUGGGGUGGGGGCCAAAAUGUGUGGUUUGGAGUCUGAUGAUGGAUCAGCAACACUAACUAUAUUGAGUAUAUGGAGAGCUAUUUAUUUUAUUUUAUUAAAUUUAUUAGUCACUGUUUUACCCAAGUAACUCUAAGCAACUUACAAUAUAUAAACAAACAGUUAAUGUAUAUAAAAGCCUUCCCUGGCCAUUAAUACUAUAUUUUCCAAGUCAAAACAACUUCCACAUUAUUUGCAAAAAUUAUAAGAAAAACUGUUGCCUGAUAGGAGAUUCCAUGCAUAUUCAGUGGUUCCAUGGCUGAGUAGAAUCUUGACAGGCCUCUUGGGCUUGCCGAUCAGAAGGUCGGCGGUUCAAACCCCCGCGAUGGGGUGAGCUCCCUUUGCUCAGUCCCAGCUACUGCCAACCUAGAAGUUUGAAAGCACGCCAAAAAGUACAAGUAGAUUAACAGGUACCGCUCCGGUGGGAAGGUAAACGCUGUUUCUGUGCGCUGCUCUGGUUUCGGUGUUCCGUUGCACCAAAAGCGGCUUAGUCAUGCUGGCCACAUGACCCGGAAAAAUUGUCUGUGGACAAACGCCGGUUCCCUCGGCCUGUAAAGCAAGAUGAGCACCGCAACCCCAGAGUCGUCUGCGACUGGACUUAACUUUACCUUUACCUUUUUAAUCUUAGUUUAACACACAAACAUUUUCUAGAUUGAUACUUAAAUUCCUAGACAGUGAUAAAAAAUUGUAAUUUUGGGUCGUUUUGGAUUAUAAAUGUAUUUGGAUCUGUGGCUGGCAAUUGCAUUGAAGAACCUGCUCUUGAUUUUGUUUUUCUUGUUUGUUUUAGGCAAGGACAGCCAGUGUAUUCCAUUCCUCCAGGUGGGUUCAGACAUCCAUACCCUGCCUUGGCUAUGAAUGCCUCAAUGUCCAGGUGGGUUCAAGCAGGAGAAAGAGGCCUAAUUCUCACUGAGGUGGUGAACUUAUGUCUGGCACCUACCACUUUAGAUGGCAGGGAAGAGCUCACAUGGGGACAUGCUUUCUCAUGAAAAAGAGUUCAGCACAUAGAAAAACUGUGUGUCUCUUGCCUUGCAUCUUGUUUUCUCUGUGAAGGGUGUCCCCCCCCCCCCCCACGGAGGAGCAUUCAGACAUGUGAGCUCCCACCUACAGAAAUGGUUGCUGUUCCAUGUGUGUGUAAAUCAUCCAUUUUCUCUAGUAGAUGCUACUGUCUGUUAGAUUGCAUGGGGUUGUCAUGUCAGCAAAAGGACUGCAUGCUGAAUGGGAAAUAAAGCCACAGGGAUAGAGAAACUGGAACACUUUUCAGCCCAUGAUUCUGUGUUUAUACUCAAUGGCAAUUUUGUACUUGUGGCAUGCUGAGCACUGCAUGCAUUUACAGAUAGAUGUCUUGACUAACAGUGAGUGAGGCUUGUAAAGGAAAAUGAACACAUUUUUCUAAGAAUGAACAGAGAUCAACAGAACAGAUAUAAAUUAGCAUUCAAAUAUAUUCAGUAUAAGAAAUGUAUGGAGUUGCUUCAAAAUAAAGGCAAAAAGAUAGAAUGUACAGGUGUAUAUUCAUUCCCCCCCCCCCUUGUAGUUCAAGUGUUAGCUCUGAUGAAAGUUGUCUGUGAUUCAGUAGGGGCAGUAAUAAGUUGAUUGUUUAUAGUAUUGCCUCCUAUUUCUGCCGUUGACCUUCUGCAUAAUCCUUGGGUCAUCUGCUUCACUGUUCUCUAGUAGCUUGGCAAGGUACCGCGAAAAAGAGAGAUAGGAAAUGUUUAGGACACUCAAUAUUUUUGGAAAGCAGGGCAUGAGGAAAUAGGAGCAUGAGGAUGAUGUUUAGAGUCUGAGAUGGUUAAGCUUAGAGGUAUUUGCUUUCAGCAUCUCACUUGCAAUUGUGCUCCAGUUUGAUGUCUAGCAGGUUUUCUCCUCAUAUGGUUCCUCCUCCUGGUCAUGGACUUCAUCCCUCAGGAAUCCCACAUCCCACCAUUGUGUCACCCAUUGUAAAACAAGAGCCUACACAACCCAGCUUGAGUCCUGAAGGAAGCUCGUAAGUAAUAGACUAGCCAGGUGCUGCCUGGAUACUUUAUUUUGUCAGGAGAUAUAAUGGGAAAGGGGCCACUAUCACUGUAGUGUAAUUAUUAUUUCUCAAUGUACCUUAUUUUUUUGAAUUUCCACCCCUUCUCAUAAGGUCACUACAACUUAGUCUAGCUGUGGAAGGCUGCUAUCACUGCCAUUUUUUAUGCUACACUGUGGGUUUUCCCUCAAAAAAAUAAUAUAAUAAUUCAGUAGUAACAGGGUCAAAUUGUACAGGUCAGGGAAAGCCAGGGCAAAAAAGAUCUGUCUAUACAACUGACACAUGGCAGAGGCAUUCACAUUCCAGAACACAUAUCCUCUUUGGAGGCCCUAAUCAAGCAAAGUAGGAUGGGUGACCUGUAAAGUGAUUGCACCCCAGUCAUGGAAUAGCCUCCCUAGAGGCUUGCCUUCUCUCUGUUAUUUUUGGCAGUAGGUGAAGAGAUUUUUGUUCAUCCAGGCUGCUUGUUCAGUUAGUUUAUAUCACAGGAUAGCAACCAGCAGGGUUUUGGUCUACAUAUGUUGCAAGAAGGAGUGUGCAUGAACUGGAGCACAAGUUACUCUUCCCAUGGAGGUAUUGCAAAAGAACUGCAUCCUUGCGACAAGUUCUGCCCACAUGCACAACCUCUCUGCCCAACUCCAGCUGUAACACUUAUUAAAUCUUACAUAUGAUUACAGCCAUUAUGCAGCAUGUAUUUUUCUUUUGCACCCAAGAGCAAGAAUUCUCAAAACAUGACUGCUAUACUUCACACAGCUAGAGCUCCUAAAUGUUACACUUAAGGGAUAGGCGACUUGCUGCAAGGGUGCCAUUUCCAUUGCUAGCGUGCUGUCUUAAUUCACAGAUAUGGAAUAAAUGGAAAGAGCAUUACAAUAUGCAUGUGAUCUAACCAACUGACUGGUUUUUAGUAGAGGUAUAGUCAUACCUCUUGUUACGUUCGGUUCAGGUUACAUCUUUUCAGGUUGCGUCCCGCAGCGACCCAGAAGUACUGGAAAAGGUUACUUCCGGGUUUCGCCGCUCGCACAUGCGCAGAUGCUCAAAAUGAUGUCAUGCACAGAAGUGGCAAAUCACGACCCACAGACGCAGUUUGCGUUCUGCUCAUGUUGCGAACGGGGCUCCGGAACGGAUCCUGUUCGCAACCAGAGGUGCCCACUGUACUUUGCCUGUUAGAAAGAGCAUUCUUCACUCCGAACAUCUUAUUCUUUGUUGCCUGCACAUGGUUGUUAGGAGAGAACCUGUGGGUUAUGAUUGGGACUAUGGGACAGUAAUGAAAGAUAUUAUUAUUGCAGAAAAACACCUGUUAUUGUGAAGAAGGAGGAGGAGAAGAAACCCCAUAUAAAAAAACCAUUGAAUGCAUUCAUGUUGUACAUGAAGGAGAUGCGGGCCAAGGUGGUGGCAGAGUGUACACUGAAAGAGAGUGCAGCUAUCAACCAGAUUCUAGGAAGAAGGGUACAAAACAAAUUAUUGGCUUCUUCACUCGACAGCUAGGCUACUGGGCUGCAUGCGCAGAGUUGGCUUGUAGUUUCAUCCAUAUUCUAUUGUUCUUGUGACAAUGGAUUCUCAUGUACCGAUUUGCUGAGCUCCUGAAUUGGUUUAGGAUGUCCAGGAACUGUUCAGGGAACCAAGCUGUUAGAAUGUUCGAAGUCCACCUUGUGGGGAAAGGCAGAUUUUUGUCAGUUUGGCCGAGAUGAAGACUUUGCAUAUAAGCCUUAGAGGUUUUGUGGAACAGGCCAGGACAGAGUCCCCAGGGGCAGGGAAUCCAUCGCAACAUGACUGAAGGAAGGGUGUGGAGGAGGCAGUGGACCAAAGAGAGAACCCGAAGGAAAACUAGGUGUGGGGGGGGGGGAGGGGGGAGAAACCUGAGGAAAAUGGCAGAGGAUGCUUGGAACUGGGGCAAAUGGAAGCCCUGGAGAAACUUCACAGUAUGGAAAGUCUAGAGGUCCUGUAGGCUAUGGGUGGAGGGAUAGGGGUGCUGUGGAAAAUGUUAAGAUGGGACAAUGCAGGCAGGAUUCUGAAAAGUAGGGACCUGUUACAGAGACCACAUCGAAGAAAAGAGAGAUCAAAGAGAAUAUAUGACUGAAGCAAUAUUUCACAGAGGCCCUAGAGGCAUGAGGUGUGCAUUGUCAGCAGGAAAUAUGUGGACAAACUAGGAAGGCUGGGCACUGAGUUCCAGGGAGGCAUGUAGCUUCUGUAGGGCUCCUGUACCUUUAAGAGUUGCACAGAGCAGUCAUUCUACCAGUUGUUGCUGCACUGUUGUGAUCUGAUGAUCCAGAUGGAAAAGGGAACAAAAAAGCAGGGCGGAGGAUGGCUUUCGUAUAUAUAUAUAUUUUGGCUACAAGCUUCUAGUUAAAGAUGGUUGCUCAUAUGUAGGCCUUGAGCCAAACAUAGCAUAUUGUUUCAAACUGUGUAGCUAUGUAGAAAGGAAAGGAAAGUUUUCAGUCGUGUUUUUAGAGAGGGGAGGUGGUACCCCAAAUUUCAUUAGAUGACUUUCUACAGUAUCUUUUCUGCUAACAUCAUACUUUAGUGGCAUUCGCUGUCCCGUGAGGAGCAAGCCAAGUACUAUGAGCUAGCCCGGAAGGAGCGACAACUUCAUUCUCAGCUCUACCCAACUUGGUCUGCACGAGAUAACUAUGUAAGUUUAUAAUCAGGGAUGUAUGUAUUCUGUUACAAAAAAAUAAAUAAUUGGCUCCAGGAAAUCUAUGUGCCUUUGUGAUCAUACAAAUUAAGCUGCAUUUCAUGGAUUUUGUCACUGUUGCUGCUGCUGCUGCUGCUGUUAUUGGAGAGAUUUUAAAAAAUGGGGAGAGAGAAGUAGAACAAGGAGAAAGCAGAGGAAUGAUGACAAUGUUAAAAUAAGGAAAUGGAAGUAUGGGAUUAGAUGGCCAAUUACGGGAUGGAAUAGUAGCAGAGGGGGAAGAUAACCCUUGUAGCCAGUGCUAUUUUUCUAGAAAAAGAGGUGGUGGAACUCACCAUGAACGACUCUCUUGUCCUCUUAUAAUGGCAAUGGUGCCCACCUGAGAUGUGCCGGAACUGAAUUCCAGUGAGUUCCAGCUGGAAACAAAGCCUUGCUGGUAACCAUCACCUCUAAGUGUUUGCUGAACACUUGCACAUACGUUUCCAAGGGUUUUUGUAAAGGGAUUAAGCUAACUACUUUCUAAGCAUUUGCUUAAUGCUUCCUUGGAACUCCACAUUGACGACUGCUAUGACAAAGAACCGUUAUCCAACUGGCAGCAUGCAUCUUGAAGAAAUUGUCCUUGUGAAGAGACAGUUUCUUCAAGAUGUAUGCUGCCAGUUGGAUGGCGGUUCUUUGUCAUAGCAGUCUUCUUCCUAUUUAAGCAAAAAACAGCUGGAUUUCCAAGCAUAAUUAUAACCAAAAUAAAUGUAGUUAUGAUAGUAUGUAGACCUUCUUAAUGGCCUAGUAUUUCUCUCUGCUAUCUUUCUUUACCUAUACUCCACAGUUGUUGUUUUUAAAAUUCAAGUUUACAACUCAGAGAAACUCUGUAGUAGUCUUAUAUAUUCUUGACUUCCUUUCCUUUCCUUUCACAACUUUUUGUAAAUUUAUCCCUUUCAGGGUAAGAAAAAGAAGAGAAAAAGAGAGAAACAACCUCAGCAACAAAUCCAAGAAACAGGGAGUAAGUACCAAUGCCUUGCCCUUCUGUAGUCUGGCCCCAGUCCAUAAUGGGCGUGACAAUUCUAAUUUUUCCCUCACUGUGAAGGGAAACUGAGAGUCUGGAAUUCCUAAUAUUUGCUACUGCUUGUCAGUCCCCUCUCCAAUCCUUGUAAAAUAGAAAAUGAAGUGUAAAUUACUCCCAUCCUAGGACAAACACUUAAGAACAAGCAUUAUAUAGCUUCCUUCUACACACAGGGAUAGCAAGAUGCCAACUAGGAUUAUUAGAGAAGCAGAUGGAGGAGGCAGGUGGAGAGGAGAAAAGAGUUAGCCACUGAUCAAGUCCGCGCCCCCCCUUUGAAUAAUGAACAAGAUAUGCACUUAAUAUCAAAUGGCUACAUUUGAACUUUUGAACAGUUGCUCUCAUUUUAUCAGUAAGGGCUGCCACUUCCAAAUAACUGAGAAUCCAAGAAACCAGAUUUGAAUGUGGUGCAGAAGCCAGUAAUUCCAAACCUUUUAGAGUUCGUGCAAGAACUUCCAGGAUCUGUACAUUUUAAAUUGUAGACCAGUUUUAGCUUUUGUGAGAGCAAAAACUUGUGAUGCAAGCUUGCUUUCUCCUGCUCCAGAAGGUAGAACCCAAACCAAUAAAAUGAAGUUACAAGAAAGGAGCUUCCGACUAAACACUGGGAAUAACUCUCUGACUUUACGAGCUGUUCAACAGUGGAAUGGACUCCCUCGGAAAGUGGUGGAUUCUCCUUCCUUGGAGAUAUUUAAACAGAGGAUGGAUGGCCAUCUGUCAUGGAUGCUUUAGCUGAGAUUACUUCAUUGCAGGGGGUUGGACUCGAUGACCCUGACGGAUCGCUUCCAACUCUACAAUUCUAUGAGAUAAAGCUAAGGAAACUCACAAAAUCCCUAAAACUGUCUAGCAUCCUUGAAGUUGAAUUCAAGGGGCUUUCAGUGUGGCCUUCUAGAGAGUCUUCCAGAGAAUAAUAUUUCUGGUGUUGUGGAAAGACUGCUCUGAUGCAAGCCAGUCCGUACACCAGUUUGCAACACUGCCUGGGUAUACCUUCUUUCAAAUACAGGCGAAAUAGGCUUUUGUAGCAAAGGAACUUUCCCUCGUCUAACCAUUUGGCUACUUUUACUACCUGGCCAUAGAAGUGGCAUUUAUCUGCCGCUUAAUCUAGCAUUGUCAACACAGUAAUGCAUUUGGAAUUGAACAGCCAUAUGUCGCUCAUGGGGCAGCCGUGAGCAAGUCACUGGGCGUGUAGGAUAGAAAUUAACCGAUAAAUAACUUUCUUUUUUGUCACUAACAGAUUCUGUGGUGUCAAAGAGCAAGAAGCCUUGUGUGCCAUACCUGCCAGCUGACAAAUCCUGUGACAGCCCUGCAUCCUCUCAUGGCAGCAUGUUGGAUUCUCCAGCCACUCCCUCCACAGCCUUGGCAUCACCUGCAGCUCCUGCUGCCACCCAUUCUGAACAGGCUCAGCCUCUCUCCCUGACUACCAAGCCUGAAGCCAGAGCCCAGCUGUCUCUGCACUCUGCUUCUUUCCUGUCAAGCAAGGCUGCCUCCUCCUCUUCCUCCUCUAGCCUGACAAGCCAAUCGUCACUCCUCUCGAGGCCCCUUCCCUUUGCCUCCAUGCCCCACACCGCCCUCCUGACAUCGCCUCCUUCCUUUGCAGCCAUUCCAUCUCCUCAAGCUGCCUUGGCUAUGUUGCAGGCCCAGCCGCUCUCGUUGGUAACCAAACCGGCUGAAUGAGGAAGAAUUUCCAUCCCGCCUCCCUGCUGAAGCCGCAAUUGAGAUUACAAAGCAGACAAGCCAUUAUUGGUCAAUAUUUGACCCUUUCUGAACUCUUCCAGAAGGUGACUCUUGAGGAAGAAAGUGCUCUACUCUCAGAGUUGUUUUCAGUAGUCUAUCUAAAGACCAUUUUUUUAUUUUUAUAAAAAACAGAAACAAAAAAAACCCCACAAUUUUUUUUUUUAUGAAACCCUGAACAGGAUGAAAAAGAAAGAAAGCCAAGCCUUAUGUUCCUGUCAGAGCCCCCUGGGCACAUGGACUUGUACAGAUGGAUCAUCUCUCAACGGUGUUUGCAUGUUUUGUUAUAUUGCUUUUACUAUUCCCCGUUCCCUUGGCCAGGCGAAGUGUUGAUUUUACCUACUUGCUCCAGCCACCCUGCAGUGCCAUCAUUUUUAUAAAAGACUUCCAACAUUUACUAGAAGACACAAUACCAGAUAAAUACAGUGCCUCGCUGUCAUGUUGAGAUCUGCCCAGCCUUGGGGAGGCCCCUAUAUUUUUCUGGAGUGAUCCAUGAAAAUGGCAGGACAAUCCACCCUGUUUCCUUACAGAAUUAUUUUGUGUAGCAGGAAGUAGGGGAAAAGGCUUUGGGGAAUCGCCUGUUAUUUUAACGAAGGAAAAUAAAUCUGCAUCUUAAUUUGC